ACAGUGGUGGAAUCGAACGUCCCCGAGCGCACACGGCGUAGAGGAGAGUACAGCGCGCGAGCCUCUGGAAGGAAGAUAACGGUUUCUUUUUUGCCCCUCUCCACUCUCACAACAAGAACAAACCAAACCUGAAUUUUUAGGGGGGUUUGCACAGUCUUCACAAAUUAAGGAGGAGGGAAGCGAGGGAUUGGAGCCGCAAGUUUUUUUUUUCUUUUUCGUUUUUUUUUUCUCUUUUUCCGAAAAGAGGAUUCUGUGUUUGGCGGUGGUUUGCUCUCCGUUCUCGCCGCAAAGAUGAUGGUCGGAGAGGUCGAAGUGAAGGAGCGACCGAGGCCGAGUCCCGACUAUUUGAUGCAAUUAUUGAACGAGAAAAAGCUCAUGACCAGUUUGCCAAAUCUCUGCGGCAUCUUCACACACCUGGAAAGGCUUCUCGAUGAAGGUAAGGGGGAGUCUGGAGACACUGGGGAGGUGGGGAAGCGUGACCGCGGCGCAGUCCAGUGUCGGUACGGCUCCAUACGGCUGGGCGUCCCUGCUGCAUAACGUUCUUACAUCGGAUAAACUCAUACUUCUAACAGUGGCAGCCACAAAACACUUCGUAAUUCCUCUUAUCCUAAACAAUAGUUUUCCAAAUGGGUUAACACACUAUGAGAUGUGGAUUUGAGAGUCGCUAACAUUGGGCUUCGUGGAGUUUGUUACUGUUCUCCUGACUUUAUGGCGACGAGGCAAAAACUUUUCCCCCACUCACUUAGAUAAAUCUAUUCAGCCGACUAAUGUCAACACAUACACUAAAAUGGUUUAUGUUUAAGAACUGAAGCACACUUUAGGCGUAUCUCUAUGCAAUCUCCCUUUAAUUAGCCGGGGCCUGAUUCCACAUGUUCCAGAGCAAUUUAGCUCGGGUUAGCCACAUUUUAAGCUAGCGAGUACUGGGUGUCUGCGUUCCGCUGAACUCUUGAGGAACCAAAACGGCAGCGUUUACACAGCAAAAGACUGUCUCUCGAGACGAAACCAGGCAAUACGGCGUCCUAGACAAACGCCAAAAAGUGUUUCAAAAGUUGACUUGUGUCAUUUGUGCUUCCAGAGGUUGUGUUCGUAGUUGCCCAGCGGCCGAGCUCGAAGCACGAAGGAAUGUGUCUGCUUGUUGCCCAAACAAUGGCCAGUGAUUUGCUACUGGGAGGGGGAGUGCACGAAGAUUAUUUUCCAACUUUUUCAUGAACACAAGCACCGUUCUGUUUUUCUCCUCCACCGAGCACAUGUAAUAUUCACCCCCAAGCGAGGGGCUGCUUUUCUCGGUGUUAUUUCCCCCCUUGCUGCAGCAGUCGUCGUGUUUUUCUUUUUUUUUCCUUUUUUUUCUCGCUCAACCAAAAAAAUUACGUCGCCUUUUGUCGGCGGCGUCGACCAGACUGGGUUCGGCUGGCUACCUGUGUUUCCUCCGCCCCUGUUACUUAUUUUGAGCGGCGCUGAUAAACAAAGCUUAUUCUCCAGUUUAUGUUGAUAGUAUCAAUACCAUAAGCUGGUCUUCGCGGAAGAUAGGACCCGUGGUUUAUGUAACUGAGCUGGGGACACUAGAGAGCGCCACAGCCCCCCUUGCAGACUGUCCCCAUGCUGUGAGUAGUAUCGGACUAGAGACCGUGACACCGUGGAUUAAAAAUAACACGCAUUCUGACCACUUCAUGGCAUGAAUGAGUGCUUUCUUGUUAGGCAGCAGUAGACGUAUAGAGCAGCGCAUACCUCACGGUUUCGGUUGCAUGUCUGGAUGAGUAGGUGUCGUAGUAUGUAGUCGCUGAACCGGUCUGCAAAGAUUUUCUUGUUCUCUUGCUGAGUGAUAAACAAGCCACUUCAGACAUGAAGUAGACUUCUUCUCCUUCUCAGCCAACUACUCCAAGAUAAAAUUGCAUCACCCUGAAAAACACACUUGCCUUAAUUUAAAAUGAAGACUUUAAUUUUGUCUUCUCCGCAUACACUCGAUCAGCCAACUAGUUUAUGGUGCUUUACACCUACAAAUAUCAGCUCUGAAGAGUCAGGUUGAAGGACGUAACAAUUUAAACGCUUAAAUAUAUUCGAGUUCUAGUCUAUUUCUGGCUUAGCCCUCGUAAACUCAACAAAAAUUAUUGUUAAAAACUAACUUGGAAUAAUACACACAUUGUUUUUCCUUUUAAAGGCCUUAGAGAGCUCUUUAGUCUCUCGCAGUGCUGUUUGAGUUAUUGAACUGAGGUUAGGAUGAUGGUCAUGUUGAUGUUUUCAUUUAGGCGAGACUCGGGAAGCGGACUAGUUUUUCUUUCCAUUCCUUACCUAGUCGUACACUAACAGAAGGAUUGUUUUAAGCUCCUAUGUAGUCAGCAGUUUAUGGAAACAGAUCUGAUGUAAGGGUUUGGCUUUCCCCGUGUUGAGCAAUAACAACUAAAACACAUUAGCAACUACAACAUGUGAUAAGAGUUUUUUAAUGCAGUUUUUACUCAGACUGUGGACCCUGGAAAGUCAUUUGUGUCUUUCAGAAAGUUUUAAGUUAUUGUCUGUAGGUCCCUAAGACCCCUGAUGUUUACAAGGAUCACAUUCAAUGUUUUCGGGGACUUCGACACAUUUUAUUCUCAGUUUAUGGUCACCUUAAGAGUGCUAUGAAAUGUGCAAAUAAUUGUAGGUACGACAUUAAAAAGCGCAAAGCCAUAUAUCUUAUCCUAUGAGAAAUUUUAGAGUUUUCCUCUUCUGUAUGUGGUAAAAAAAAGUACUGUUUACAUCAGCAAUAAAAUGCUAAACUAUCAGCGUACCAGUCGGUCUGAAAGCUUUUCCAAUAUUUAUUUGAUGACUCGCACCGUACAGCGUUUGGAAGUACUGGUGUGAUAUUGUCGGAGGUUCACAAAAAAGUCCUCAUAAGUCUGUAUCAGUCGGUUGAUACCAUGACGCAGUCAACAAAUAAAACGACAGACAAAAUGUUCUGUUUGAGAUUUCACGGCUGGGUCACUGUAAACCCCACAGCGUCUGUGUCUUUCUUCUGAGGUUGCACAAGUCUGAGGUUUACAAGGGUUUCCACAGCACCAGCCUAAACUUAACUACACUGCCAGAAAUUGCAUGUGUGUGAUGAAAGCCACCCAGUUCAGAGGAGGCCUGACUGUCUGGUUCCUGUUAGGGGUGGUUUGGUUUGCCUUUUUGUCUUUGGAUGGAGUCAAAGCCCAGAUGCAGUAAUCAAGUAUUCCCUGAACUGCGCCGGCUUAGAUGACCCCACCCAGAGGAAAAACAAAUGCACCGUCUAGAUUACGAUUUAUGUUAAUCCGAAACAGAGUUUAGUUGUUGUUUUAGAUUGUUUCAGAGAGAUCGCAUUACCGAUGAUGAUGAAGAAUCAUGUUUUAUUAUCCACCGCUUUUCCAGCAGUAAAGAUAAUAACUCACCUGACUGCGACUUUCAGUUCAGACAAGAUCGUCAGAAGAGGGAAAUCUUGAACUUGUGUAACUGUUAUAACUGUAGAAAUCGUUUUCUGGUGUGCUAUUUUUGAGACCACGGGUUGUUUCCUCCUUAGUGUUUUGCCAAUAUGGGAGACUUAUCUGUCAGUUCUGUCUCACUAAAAGCGAUUGUCUUGUCAAGGAGAAAGCAGGUGUGACAUGAAAAGCUACUGAUCAGCCAGCAGAAGUAGAAAGCAAAACCAGCAAGUAAAGAGCUUUAAAAGGUGUACCAAGAUGAGAGUGAAAGGACCGUCUUAAUCUGUCAGCAAUAUCAACUUCUCUUUUCCUGGGUGGCUUUAGUUUUUUUCUGUAUUGGUGGUAAAUAACAAAGACAGCACUUGACUCAAGGGAAAGUGGCGUUUUAUAUGCUCAAAUAUGAUUGAAGAAUUUAAAAGCCUUGCUUUGUAGGAUUCAAGUACACUUAAUAAGAGCAAAAAUCUAACCAGCUAGUGUCUAAGCUCUUUCGAAUUGUCCAUCUCUCCUGAGUAUGCCCUCCCGACAGCUGCACUCGUCUCCCUCACUCACCCACCCACCCAAAGUCUUGUGUGUGUCGACACAGCUGUUUUCAUGGCUGAAGAAAGGCGACACCACCCUUGUGCGUGACGCCUGCUCCCACCCUGGGCGUCCCCAUUACUUUCCCAAUAUGUGUGUACUCCCUCAAGGUCACUCUGGCCGAUUGACAGGCCCCUCUUUGAAACCCCCUUGCGUUGCAGUUGUUCAUCUCCCCGAGGUGACACCUGCUAUAGAGGUUUUUUUAUUCCUCUUUACGAUCUGCCAGCCAACAAGCGGCUUCAAAUUGCUAUAUUUUCUCUUGGCAGGAGGAGACAGCCAAUAUAACAUCUAGAGAUGUAGCUCGGGAGUGAAGUGUGGGCUCCGUUGUAGGGUAGUGGCACAGGGGAGAAGGAGGAGGUCUGUAUUUGUUGUCGUGAUGUGUGGCAAUUGUCUUAAGGGUAUCAGAACAGUCAGAUUGAUUGAAAAUGCUCUCCUAACAUGCUCAUUAUGUCGUUCUGUUUGUAUGAUAGAUUAAACGGGCUGUUGUUUCAUUGCACACUGCGCUGCAUGGGGCAUCGUAGCAUUUGUUCCUGGCAUCAACAUCCCCCCCCUUUGCAUAUACAGUCUUCUUGUUUGUCUCUGCGUGUUGUGAUUUAGCAGGACCUUCCCAAGAGAGCUGUCAGCUUUCAGAGGACAAACUGUCUGCUGUCCACUGUGGAGCUGGAGUUGGAAACAGGUCCUUUGGGAACAGCUGUUUAGUGAACAAAUUCUGAUAAGUGGGAUGCAUUUGGCUUUCCAACUAAAGUCUCAUAUUUAUGUCAAUGUGUCAGCUUUCCCAAUCUCAUUCUGUCUCAGCUGCGGCACUGGACAUACCUUCUCUUGGCUGACCCCCCCUAGCGUUUUUCAGCAACAGGGUGAGACCUUCACUAACCUCUGACAUGCAAUCAAUUUAGCAGCUAAUAAGACUGAGCACAGCUAGCAAAGUAAGAUUCAGCUUUGAGUCCCAAGAAAGCACUGAUAGAGAGUGAUGUGAGGCGAGAAUUGAGGGUGUUAGGCCAGGACUGUUGUUGCAAAGCAGAAACCUGUUAUAUCCCCCUCCACAACCUCUCUGUCUUCUCCCCACAUUCUCUCCCCAAGCACCACUUAUAAGCUGGAAUUUAAUUAACCGAGAGCCAUUCUGUGAGCUGGUUUACUGAGCCGUUGCCACCAGUGUGAGAAAGCAGAAUAGGAGGCUUUGUGCUGUCUGCCUCUCACUUGCCCUCGCGCGGUCCCUCUCUCUCCCUCCAUGGUAAUAAAUUAGGUGGUGGCAUCAGUCUGACAGGGUGAGGUGUAGAGGUUGUGGAAGGACCCAGAGUUGCCUUCCCUUUCUUCUGCCUGACACGUCUCUGCCUUCCUAUCCAGUAGCCCCACCGCACUGCCUGUGUGGGCUUAUGUCCCUGUCGUAACUCCGACCCUGGACCCAUUCGCCCCCUCUGGCCCCACGCCAGUCCCAGCAAUGCGGACCCCACCCCCAGCCACUUGCACACCCAGGGGUUUGUGUAUGAUAAAGUCAUCCAGCGACAGCUUCGGGGUCUUAUCUCAGGCCUCAAUCCCGUGAGUGCCGGGGCCUGCUUAUCACAGUUGCUGCUGCUGCCUGGCCUCCCGUCUUCUGCCCUACCCUGACUAUCUGGUCUGCCCUCGCCAACACCAAGUGUCUUUUCUUUUGAUUACUCCCACCAGUUAUGCAUUGCAUUGCUACAGUCUUAUAAUCUCCUUUUUUCUCAUGCCUUAAGCUUUAAAGCAAAGUAAUCAGGUUAAAAAAUUAACAUAAAAAACGAAUUUCACUGAAGGAAUUUUGUAGUCAAAGCAGGAGUCAUCGUACUGUGUGUUUCUGUGUGUACGAGAUGAUGACAAGCCGUGCUAAAAGAGGAACAUGAAUUAGGGGAUGUUGUAAUAAUUAUGUCACAACAGCUCCCUGGCACAGACUUGUUCAUUAAACAAGGUUGUUUAUUCCCUUUUACUGAAACCGUGGCGCCUCCUCUUGCCCUUGACCCCAGUUAUUUUAGCUUUUACUGUUUUCUGUGCUGUAUUUUUUAUGCAGAAAAACAUCUGCGGGAAGUAACGCCCAUUUUCAGACAGGAAAGGACUUUGGAGAAGGCGAGUCAGUGGUUUGUUUUCUUUCAGGCAGACGGGGAGAAGUCGGGGGAAGCUGUUUUCACGCUUCGAGCUUUUUGUCUCUCGGUGACAAGUUAGAAAUCCUUUUUUUUAACCCUCACCCACAGUCUGGGUCCAUUUCUUGGCUUUCUUUUGACUCAUUGAGGUUACAUCGUGAACCGUGAUGCAAACAUUCAAGACAUAUCAAUUCUUAGUAUUUUCCCCAGUUUGUAGUGUACAAACGGGCUCCACCCUGUUACAUUCUUUGCAUGCUUGAAAUAGCUCUCCCACCCCUUGCUGAAAGUAGUCCCCCUUGUUGCCUCACUUUUUCUUCUCUGUCUUACUUUCGAACCUCUCAAAUGUCAAUACAGACACUGUAUCUAACAAUUACGGGUUUUUCCAGGCAACAUUUGUUUCUAUUUCCCACUGUGCCCCCCCAUUUUAUCAUGACAGGAGGUGAAAAAAUGAGCUGAAUGCUCACUCUGUUCCUCCCUCACCCUCGCACCCUCCUUCGCAUUCAUUUUUUUCCUUCCUUCAGAGGAGCAAUGGUAGCUGAGCGUUGGCAGCCAGCUCAGGAAUUUUACCGGGAGCACAGUCGGAACACUUAACCUCCAGCCUGGUGUUUGUUUUCCCCACACACUCUCUCCUAGUGUGUUUUAGCUGUGCUUAAUGUGAACUCCAUCUACAGUGAGGAAGAGGAACUUCUGCUUUACUCUAAAUGAUAAACUCUUCAAAUGUUUGAGUUUUUGUUUCAAAGCAGGGACUAGUAUGCUUUAUUUAUUCAUGUAAAAAUAUCAAAGACAAAAAAGCUUUCCUAAACCCUGUAGUUUUGCAACAUGCUCAACCCUAUCUUAGAAAAACGGUUUAUCUGUGCAAUAUUUUCCCCUCUUCAUCAUCCAAACUCUUCACGUCCCAAUUCAGACACCCCAUUGGAUCGCUCUGCCUGUGGUUUGCAGCCUUUACCUCAGCUCACCAGUUGCAGGAUGGCUGAUAAAUCAUAGAUGAAUAAUUUACCUGUCCCUCAGCUGCCUGUGUUGUUUCUGUGAGGCUUGGCAAGAGCAGGCUGCGCUGCCAUAACCCUCCCUGAGGGCCACGGAAAGUGCAGUGGCAAGAGGUAAAGAGAUUCCUCGGAGGGGCUCUGCCAUCAAAUAUGAAGCCCUGGCAACUCUGUCCAAAACCAAUCUCUGCUUCUACCCAGGACUUUUGCGGCUCCAUUCAUUUAAAAAAAAACCCAAACAUGUCUCAUCCUGUUUUACUCUUCCCAGAACAAUAUUUCCUCUUUUCUGCAUUCGGAUAUUUUGUAAAAUGUGUUGCAGUUAUCUAGUUCAAUUCAUUUGCUGUAACUUUAACAUCUUUCCUCAUCUGUGAAAACCCUUCCACUCUACACUUUACACAAGUCAUAUUGCAAUAUUCUUUACUCUGUCCUUUAUAUUUCAACGCUGUUCUGUUAAAGAAAGGGUUUCUCUAACUAUAACUCUUCAGUUUGCCAAUCAUGUGUUGUUUGCACUUUACUGAAGGCUCCUGUUGUUAAACCGACUUUGCCUCUUGAAUGCAGAUGAUGUCUUAUAAAAGGUUUGCAGCACCAUUUCAGACUGUGCUGUCCCUUUAGGUUUUCCUGCUAUGCCUUUGAAUGAAAUUGACACAUUGUGUGAAAAUGUUGCGGGUGUGUUUUGGACUACCUUGGGAUAGUUUUCCAGCUCCUAGCAGAACAAAUGAAACUUUGUCAGCAUCGUUUCAAACAGCUAUAAAUAUUUUUUUUUCUGUUACUUGGAGUGGAGAACGAAACAGAAGUGGUUUUGCUUUAUCUGCGAUAUUUCUCUUUCACACAGUCUUGCUUCACACUUAUCUCUUACAUAAUGCAUCUUUGAAUACAAAUCAAUUGCGUAAACACUUGAAGGCAAACAUUUGAACCCAACUUGAUACUAGUAUGCUAAUAGGCACUGCUGUUGUUUUUGUGUUUUUACUUGAGUUGCUUUUGGCACUUGCAGCUUUGUGAACUGAAGGGUCUAUUUUAAAGACUGGCUGUGUGGUUGGAUCACAUGUCAAGUGUUAAAAGUGUAAAGCUCGGCUUUAGGGUGAAGGAGAGCGGCCUCAAAGCAAUCAUGCUUAAAGGCUUUCUGUAAGUAGAGUGGGCUCUGUGUUGGUGAGCAUGUUUGAGAUAGUGGUAAAGGAGCUCAUUUCGCUCUGAAGUUAUUUGAGUUCAUCAUGUUCAAACCACCUGUGCCAGCCUACACGGCCCCCGAAUCUCACAUUUCACUUUGUGCGGGGCUGUGAUUGGAUGCUGUUGCUUCAGUCUUCAGAUCAGAGAGGGUCUGCGUGUUGCAAAGAGCCGCUCAACUCCUUCAAGUGUUCCCUGCUUGCAGUGAUGGAAUUUAUUUUGAUUUCUCAGAAGUUUUUAGAUGUUACAGAGCUGUCUGUUUUGAAAUCUACUGCCUGAUCCAUCUAUUAGCCGUGUUCUUAGAUGCUCAACAGGGCCUCCUCUGUGUGCCUGACUAGAAUUAGCUCACAUGUGUUGCACACUUGUCCUGACCGCGGCUGUCUUCCUUACAGCCUUGGGAUGUAACGUGAAACAGGAUUUGCAUAGCACGAUUUAUGCUCAUGCGUAAGAUGCCCGGCCUACAGAGGCAGCGAUGGUAGAAGUCAGAAAUGUAAAACCGCAAGUGAAAGAGUUUUGUGGCUGUUGUGUUUGUUUAGCAUUUGUCGCUGCCUGUUGUCUGUUUGUGGUGCGGCUUAAGUCUGUCUGUCCUUAUCAGUUCAGUGGUUGUGAGGAGAUUAUAGAGCAGAAACAAUGGCUGGUUUUGUAUGAUUAAGCUUUAAUUGUUGGAACAAAGAGCCUGUUUAGCGCCAUGUGUAACACAGGAACGAUUGACAUAAAAACCCACAUGUAGCUGAGCAGGAAAGAAUGUGCCGUGUUUAUGACAGGGUUUGUGAGCGUGAGCCUCGUCCCCGCUCCCUUGAUUGAUUGUGUCGGGUGAAAGGAAAAAGAUGAGCGAGGCAGCUGAGAGCGAUGGGAGGACGGUGGAUGCGAUGAAGAACAGUGGGGGGAGACAGAGGAUCCCUGUAUGCUGUGAAUGAGGUCACCCACUCGGUUAUGAGGAAGGUCAACGACCCCUCCCUCAGCCCCACACUCCACCACUCUGUCUCUCCCUUCCUCCCCCUCAGCUAAUGAUACACAAUAGCUUUUUGUGCUUUAAUGGGCCAGGCGCACACACCAGGUCAUUCCGAGCAGUUCACACAGAGGGAUGCACACAAGUGCUGUCUGUGAAGUGAGCACAAAGCGCUGUUAAUCUCACAGUGAAAGAGUUGUGGUGGGAACAACUUAUGGCAUGUGUGACUUCUGUAACUGACAUGAACCAGAGUUUAGAUGGAAUAAAAUGAGAGAUACAUGAUGGGAAAAUGAUUUGUCCUUCUGCUGGAUUUGCUGUGAGGAACUUUUGUACAUAGGAUGUGCAACAAUUAUGCAUCAAUAUGACCAUGAAAACAUAGUUCAGUUCACACCCAUAGUCUAUGAUUACUACCUACAGACACGCACAGACAACAACAUAGCUCUUGCAGUGUUAAUAAAAACUUUGAUCAGCCAUUUGGAAGUAGUUCAGUUUUGCAGCCUCAGACCUUGAACAAACCACAGUCUGUUCAAAGACUCUUGUAGGCAGCACAACCCACUGCUUUAGCAAACAAACACCAGCUAAAGUAAAUUACAGAUAUCCUUUUUUCUAAGCAUCCAGUUGAAAAGACGUCGGGCAUGGUGAAGCUCUUACUAAUGCAGCUGAACUUAGUAUUGCUGACAGUAUGGCGCUCAUAUGUAGAGUGAAAAGCUUGGGUUAAUCUAAAUCUGUGGACCCCUUUAUGUUUUACCCAGCUGCUUGUAUUUUGUUGAAGCUGCCUUGCCACGUCUGUACACGUAGAAGCAUUAUAAGAGACUGUCAUUUUAUCCCACUGUAUAGUCCAGUCAAAUAAUGCAGCCUUGGGUGAGUUUGACAAAACUCCCAACUGAGUCAUCAAAGUGACUCAAGAGGAGAUUUUGACCGUUUUGCUCCACCCUGGAGCCGCUCCAGUUCACCUCAGCCUUUACUUCUGCCACGACGGCUCGGUGUCAAGAAUGUUGCCCAUAAAAGACCUACAAGGUGUUACUUUAUUGUCCUGUUAGAUAAAAUUGCAGCUGCUGUCUGUCAGCUGUCUUAGGUCACUUUCACACCAGAGCUGUUUGGUCCGCUUUAAACGGACCAGAGUUCGUUUCCUUGGAUAGUCCGCUUCGUUUAGGCAGGUGUGAAAGCUCAUCCGAACUCUGGUGCGGACCAAACAAGCGAACUCUGGUCCACCUGAAAACGUGGGUCUCGGUUCGCUUGCAAGUGAACCCUGGUUCGGUUUGUAUGCAGUGUGAAAGCUCACCGGACCAAACACAGGACCAAAUGUACGGAAUGACGCUAUACGCAGUGCAUACGCAGUGCACGGCGUCACUUGUUGCUAUGGCAACGCGUGACCACUGACAUUAGCAUUUGCUAGCUAGCUUAGCUCAAUUGUCUGAACAACAAUAACCCAUAAAUUCACAUUUUGGCAUAUUUAAACAAAAUCAAAUCACAACUACCAACAGUCACGGUCCAUAAACCCUGAGCUCGUAUGUUGUCACAUGUUAGAUCGUCAAAGUUAGAAAAAUAACAGGACCAAUCCCUGACAAGCUACGAUAGCAUUAUAGGAAGAGUUGCGUUCACUAACGUUGUAGCAUUCCAUAAAAUAAUGUGACAAAGCAGGAUACGAGAAGGCGAGUCCACCCCUGUUUGUAAUCCGUGAGGUUACAUACCCCUCCUACUUUUAGCUUCCCAAUCGUCCGCUUGGUCAGGUGUGAAAGUGACCUUAAUUUCUUGCAGGGCUUGCAAGGAGGACUUGCUCAUAGACAUGGAGUGAUUUUAAAGAUGAAGUGAUUCAGCACGAAUUGAGUUAAGUCGCAAUUUAGGUGUUUGUGAUCCCCCCCUUCAUUAAGUAGAGGAUUGAAAACAUGUAUCACAGUAUGAAGGAAGUGUUUCUCCUGGGAAACCUUCUCUAAGGCAGCUGUGGAUGGACGGUGUGUGGGCUCAGCAGGGGAGACAGGUCUGGCCAUGUGCAAGGUGCCAGCUGUUGUUGACACUGUAAGGUGAGGACUGGAUGGACUUGUCUUCCUCUGUCCCCUUUAAUCCUCCUCUCCUCUUCCCUGUUUCACCGUUUGUCUCCUCUCCUCUGCUCUGCUCUGCAUUCUUGGAGAGCAUGAGUCUGACAGAGUUUAGGGUGUUUGUGAUGGGAGCUCUUCCUGCAGCGUUAUUUUUAUUGAGCGUCUGACACUUUCGAUGAACCAGAUCUGUUAUACCUCUGCUCCUCCUCCCUCAUCACCAUGUGUAUCAUCUUGCUCUCCCUGCAUUCUCACAAGCAUGUUUGCAGUUUGCUUCUCCUUUUCUUUUUUAUCUUAUCUUUUCUGUCGUAAACAUGCACAUGCGUCUCUCUCAUCUGCGCGUGUUUAAAUGCCGUCUGUCAAUGCCAUAGUGUUUGCUAAAGGAGAAAAUCUUCACCUGUUCUCCCAAGGGAAUCACACAUUUUCCUGACUUUGCCUUUUUACCUAUUUACCUUAACAGCAUGACUCCUAGCUCCCAUCUCCCUGUUUUCGAUCCCCCUCUUUGUGUUCUCUCCUCUCAUUUCCUGCUUCUCCAGAUUUCCCCCUUCCUCUCAACUCCCCCCCCUUUUUUUUUACUCUUCCAUUUGUUUCCUCCUUUGCAGCUCCCCCCUCUGCUAAGUAUGUGUGGCAAAAUUCGAGCCUUGGGGCUACAUUCCCUCUUUCAUGUGAGGACCAGUGGUGACAUUAAAGGCCUGUUACGUGGUCUGUCUGUUUGCAUCAGCCCCAGCUCUUGCUGUCUGCUCGGGAUUGGAAUAUGCCUUUCCCUUAUUGCACAACCUCUCCCAGGCUUUAACGUUGGCUGCAGAGAUCAACACGCCUUUAUCUGCCUGGCUGUAAUUGUGCACAUGUAUAUGUAAAUUCUUUAAUCCCUCACACCCAAGUGCUUUGAGGCAGAUCAAUGUUUUAAGGCUUAAACAGAGUGGAAGCUUUGUUAAUGACUGACAAGUCAGCGACUCUUCCUCUCUUUCUUUUUAUGACACUCUGACCCAGUUGCUACAGCCCUAUCAACAUCUUUGUUUUUUAAAUGCUUUUAAUGGUUCAUUCAACACGACUUUGCAGACAAAACAAAUCAACCGGAUGAUCUCCAGGAAAAAAAAAAAGAAAAGAAAACAAACACAGAUCCAAAGAGCAGCUCCUGUGAUGAUGUGCAGACAGAAGGGAGUAGGUCAGGAGGAGUCUUCUCAUCUUCCUUUCAUUGUCAAUCUUAAUAUCUGGAAGUGCAUCAGACACUGAGGGAGUUUUCAGCAUCUCUAAACAGUGCCAGGCCUGUUUGUUCUUCAGAGUGAAUCAUUACGUACCUCUGACUUACGAUUACCACACAAUCCAUCCUAAGAUACUUGGCCUUCAACAAUUGAAUUUCUGGCAGAGAAACCCUGCAUAUCUAUCCAGACAUUAACACAUAGCUCUGUUGUCUAAUUUUUCAUGUUAUGAGUAGGCGUUUGAAGUGGUAACAUUGAGAUCCAGGAUAAACGCUAUGUUAGGUUAUGAGGGCAAUGAAAGACCAGCACGGAGACAAAACAUCUGUGAUGUGUUGUCACAGCUGGAGACAGGGUAUUAGUGGCUGUCGGAGUCGAACUUAAGGUGGGGGAGCUACAUGCCUCAGCAGGUCCUUAACUCGGGAAUGAAAGAACAGCUGAAACACACAUGCUAUGUGUACACUUUGUGAUCCAACCAGUUUUUCUACACCUUUGUUUGUAACUAAGACGCUUCCUUGAGUUUGGCGCACAGAGAAUUCAGAUGAUACAGGGAUAACUGUCACCUGUUACAGCAGCUGCGAACCAUCAUGGUGGAGAGAUGGGUCAACAUUACUUACACAGAAGCCAAACAGACUCAUUCAUGGCCCAGCAGUACCCAGCUAAUGUAGACCUACCACUUACUCAAUUACAUUGUCUGACAUGCAAGGAUAUAAAAACCCAUUUUAUUGUUAACGGUGCUUUGGGGGAUUUAGACAAGGUUUCAUCAGGUGGUCUGGCUAGCAGAGCAUUAUGAGGCCAUAACAUAUAAUUGUGUCGGCCCUGUCUGCGGUCACAUGGUUGAAAAAAAAAAACACAGCAGAGCAGAUGGUGUUUCGUCUUGGAAUUGACUGUCAAUGUAUGAGAAUGUAAGAUAUUCUUUAAAGAAGUAGUUUGUUUGAGAAAACAGCUGUCGAAGUACCUCUUCAUAGUCAUAUCCCUCUGUGAUAAUGGAGAGAAAUCAAAUGAAUCGCUUAUCUGUCAGGCUGAACUAGUAGGCAGUGGUGACUAAAACCAGAAGGUUGAAUACUACUGAACUGAUAAGUGCAGGACCAUGCCUGUCGAAACAGUUUGGAGAGUUUUGAAGAGGGUGUGAUUGAAAGUCACGGCCGCUUUAAAGGUUCACUUUGCCAACGACAGAGCUGUCUUUCAAACAUGUUGUCCUCCUCAUUGAUAUCAGUCUGUGUAAAGGCAGACACAGAUGAUUAGCCAGUAACGAGUGAGUGUAUAUUGAAAAGGAGAGAUGACAUUGAGCUCUCUUCAUUAAUGCUUUGUUGUUGUUUUUCAUUAAAAUUCAAUCCAAUACAACAAGAACACAAACAGCAGCAUGGUAAUCACCCACUGUAGAAUCAAUGGCUCUCUGGCACUGAGACAGUCUUAUCAACGGCUCUAAGAUAAAAAGCCGUAAAGGUAGGCCUCAGCGCAGGGCUGUUGUGUUUGAUUACAUCAGUUUAGAGCAAUAAUUUCUGUGUAGUUAGCUUUAUUUAUUCAAUCUCAGGCAUGCCUUACUCUUUUUAUGAUAAUGUUUCCGAUUAUUGACUCAUUACUGUUUCACAUGGGGCAAGGGAGGAAGUCAGGGCCUUGUGACUGUCUUUUCCGUUUAAUGUGUUUUGGUUUUUUUGUCCCUGUUUUGAUCUAAAAUCACAUCCUGACUCCAAAGCAUUGUUUUGUUCAACUUUUCUUUCUGGAAAUGUGAUAUGAUGGGGAAUUUCUGACACAAAAACCAAGGCUGAAUAUUUUCUUUAGAGUUGUCACUGUUGUUGGACUUGCAUACUGGAAGAGAAUUUUUUUUUUUUUUAUCAUGCCAGUCCCCCCUGCCUGUGAAGCCCCUGUUAAAUGAAGGAAUUUACUGUCAUGACACGCUGCAAAAUGCACUUUUGGCCAGUUCCUGCUGCUACUGUCUGUUCAUUAUUUAACGUAAGGAUUUGCCAAUGCUGCACCGUUGAUCUCUUAACCUUUCAUCCAUGUUGCCAUUUCACGGUGAAUUGUGAUGAAAAUAACUGCCUGGGUGUACCACAUUCAGUGCCCUUCACGUAAACGCUUUGGUUUUCUGUCUGCAGACUUCAUAAUCCUGCCAAAAGCGACUUUGUUAUCGUUAGAUCUGAAUUAUUUGGCAGCAUUUUGAAGCAAGUAUAAAUGAUCGCUUUGAACCAGACAACAAAGAUAGAGAUUAGAUCACUGUGAGACAUAAAGUCAAAAGUCCCUGUUUUAACUUGUGCUGGAGAGGAUGACAAAUUUUUCCUUCUCCCUCCCAUCUUCCCAUUGGUCACGAGCACUGUGGUCUCCUUAGUGACAGGGGUGGGGACAGGAAGCACAGCGCAUGUUAUCUGCUCCAGUCACAUUGACAGUCAGUGCCUUUCCUUCCUCCCUCUUCCUCUCUUAUUUCCUCUUCUGACAGCUGGACCUUUCCUGCCAUUGUUACGUGACGGAGGGGGGGCAGCUGUGUGAGAGGGAGACACAGUUAAGAUGUGUUUAAUAGAUUAACAGCUUUGUGCUUUUUGAUCCUCUAAUCUGUGGUCUAUGGCCCGUAAGUUUUACUCUCUGGUCACCCUUUGAGGCACAGAUUUUCCUUAAACCCGAACAGGAGCCAGUCUUGCUACCGACGGAAAAUGUCCAAUUUCUCAGCCCCACUCACGAAGAAAAAAAGACACAUCGUUUCCAGAGGAAAUGGUUGCAGGGCAACACAAAAUGGGGCCAUGGGCUGCUCCUCCAAUCAAAGACAUACAUCCCAUCAGCAUGCAUCCUGACUCUUCAUCCUGUUAUUCUUCUCUGUUCUUAUCUUGUGUUCUCACAUCUUGUUCAGCUCACAGCAGGCAUCCUGUGCUUCUUUUUACAUCCUAUUCCAUGCAUUGUUGUGGGUGUGUGUGUGUGUAUGUCAAUGCAAGUGCAGAUGCAUGUUUGUAAAAGUAUGCCCGGGGCCUCCAUGGAUAAAAAGAAUGUGUUUCAAGAUGUCUUAGCAGCGGGUUGAUAUCCAGCGAUGCACUGACAGUGGAGUUAAAUAGGUUAAAGCACAGUGAGAGAGGGAUUCUUGAGUAGCACGAUGUGAGCACAACUCAGGUCUCGCUUUUGUUUGUUUGCCUGAUUUCACUGGCAGGUAGAGUCUGUGAAAUGAGCUCCCCUGAGAUGCACAAGAACCAACAAUCUGUUUAGCGGUUUAUUCUCAUGCUUUGUUCAUGCUUUGAGUCUCUCUUCAUGCACAUACUAAUUAAUCCACCAGUUUUGGCGGCUCUUGUCACAACCAAGUAUCAAUUUUAGUAUUCAUAGAAAGAUUUAGGUUAUAGCUCUUGGAAGUGGGUUCCCUCCUUGUUGUGUAUCUUAGAUGAGUCUAGCCAUUUCCUUUUUUUUCCCCUCUAAAAUUUGUGAAACCAUUUGCUGCUCAUGAGGCUUCUCUCUUGAAGCCAGCCUGUUAAAUGACAAUUGCUGUGGCUUCCAAUUUAACGCUACAUAUCGCUCCCCCCCUUAGAUGGCAAAAGCAGCGUUAAAAUAGCCUAUCUUUGCCUGGUAUUUUUCUAGGGGGCCUGAGUCUGCAUUUGUGUGCAUUAUGUUGGCAGUUUCAGCUGAGCUAGGGCUGCUUUAGAGGGUGAACCCAGGCAAGAGGAAGCAUUAGCACAAAACUCUGGCUUCUGCUGUGCUGGAUUAGAAUAUUUUUCGCUGAAUAAUUAACAGUAUUAUGAAACUAAACCGAGAGGGGGGGGUUUUAGCAUUCUGUAAGCCACUGUACUAACACUGGACAGCACCUGCUGUAAGGGAGUUGUAUCAGUGUGAGUGUAAGAAGGAAAGAAAACAGUUUCUGUGGCUUUUUACCUUUUCUCACUCGCCUCGGGGUCCCUCCCUCAAGUUUAAAUGCAUGUGGGUGUGCGUGCACUCCCCAAGUUUUCCCCCUGUGAGCCUGUUGAAAGUCCCCCCACGCAGAGAGUAAUGAACGUUGGCCCCUCGCGGCAACCAUUAAGAGUAAGCCAUUAUGGUUCAGUAUUGAACCAGCCCUCCCUGCCAGUUUCACCUCACUCCAUGGCAGACCCCACUGAGAGCACAAAACUGGCACUCCUAUGGCUCAUUGAGCUGCCAGCAUGCCCCCAACCAGCACACAGGCCCAUAAAGCAGUUCCACAUCAUCAAGUGUGAUGAUCUCUUGUUCUAAUUUUAGUCUUAAUAGCUCAGCAGAUAGUGUCUGAAUCACUCAUUUCACUGUUAGGCCUGGGAUGGCAGAACAUGAAAGGAUUUCGCUAGAACUUUUCAGGGAUCAUGUAAAUUAUUUAUCUCAGCACUUGAGCCAAAUGUGACUGACUGGCUGUGAAAAUACCACUUUGUAAAAGAAGAAUGAGAUAGUGAUGCGAGUACAAUGUUUUUUGUAGAGGAGGUUGACUGUUUAGUGUCACAAGUUGAUUUCUCUUGACAACUUUUGCAGGUUCACUGCGUUAAUGUAUAAUUUGGCUAAAAAAACAUCGCAGAAGUGGACUCUUCUAAUGAGAACAGUAAUCACACAUUUUUAUCCUGUCUGGCGUAGCUGUUGUUACCAUUUGGUCAAACUUUAACAGAAUCAGAUAUGCCAGUUGGCUUAAAUAAACUGUAACUUUGACUAAGCAGUCUUGGCAAAAAAAGAUCAUAAAUUUGCUUAAAGGAGAGUUUACAGUUUUUAAAAUAAGAAUCAACCAUGCUUUAUUUUCAAAAGAGGAGUAUUGAUUUUAUAAUGUCAACACAAACCAAUGUAAACCAACGGAUUACAUGCUUUUGCAUUUGCUUUUGUGGUAGAGAGAUUCUAUUCCUAUUUUUGUAAAUAUUUUUAAAAAUAAGUAUAUUUUUCAUGCAACAAGUUUCUAGUUCUGAGACCUCAACAAAAUGUGAAAUUCUCUGCAGUUUUAUCAUUUUCUCUCAGGCUGUGUCCGAAAUGGAUCCCUAACCCCUAUAUAGGUGACUACAUGGGGGUUAGCGCCAUUUUGAGGGGUGUCCGAAACCUCAGUGAUCAAUUCCAGUGCCCCAUAUAGGCGACUCAAAAUUUCCCAUAAGGUAUUGCAAAAUGUAGUGACCAUCGGAUUGUCACUCAUCGGUGGUGGGCAUCCCGUCAUGCAUUGCAUCAUGCCAUGUAGUGUCUAAAACCUCUGGUGAUUGAGUUCACUACAUAGUCAACUACAUAGUGAAAUCCCAUAUGGGGUUUAGGGAUUGAGUGAUUCAUUUCGGACACAGACUCAGUGUUUUUUUUAAUGUAACCUGCAUCUAUAUUUCCUGGAAACUGGUCAGUCUUCAGAUGGCUUAACCUCCUAAACGAUCAUCAUCAUCAUGUCUUCAUUAGCAUCAUAACGCCCUCUCAAACCUCAGUUAACUUGGCCUACUUUGGAGUCAGGUUUUUCCAGGACAAUCUCUGCACCUGCUCGUCUGUCUCUGCCCGGUCGAGAUGCGACUCUUGUGUUAGGGGCACUGCUUUUUUUUUCUGUUCUGCAUUGCUAUAAACAUCCCUUCAUGCAUAAUUUCUAAUAAAGGCCACUGGUAUUUUUGAGGGAUGAAAAAGCGUGCCAUUGAUGUCCCAGUGUAUUCACUUCCUUUUGUCCCACACUACUGCUAUUUCUGCCUCUUUCUUGCCUCCCACUCUCCUUGUCUGCUUGUCUGUUUGCUUUGUUUAAUCACCAAACUAACGUGCAAUGACAUGCUCCUAUAGCACACCGUCACCAUCGCUGCCAGCAGACGCAGUAAGCCACAUUCAGCUUGGCACUUCUUCCCCUUCCCGCAUGCAGUCACGAUGACAGCAACAACAACAACAAAAAAACCAUCACAUUUGCCACUGGUAAUGAUUAAUGGCUUUGCUGAUUACUGUUUUUGGCUUCUCCACACCUACACCUUCUGCUUUUAGCACACAUAUCCCUUGUUGCUCAGCCAGAAUAAAAGUUGCUUGCUUGUCAUUACCAGAUGUAAGUUUGGCACGAUUUUUUUCGAAUAGAAAAGGAGAAUAUCCUGCGUCAUAUUUGCUUUUUUCUGCUAACCUUUUUGUGGCUAAAGUUCUCAAUACGCAGCAUCGGCAAGUAUAGCAAGGUGAAGGCGAGAUGUAGCACCAUUUCCUGUUGUAUUUGUUCAGCAGAUUUUUCUCUGAGGCGGUUUCCCUCCUCCCUCCAUGUGGAGUGCUAUUUCUGUGAGCUCGCUCUCUCAGGAGAGCCCUGCCUACAAACACAAAAAAGCUCAUUAGCUCAUAUGUGUGGAGGUGUUUUUAAUGUGUAGUACGGUGUUUGUGUUAGAUGUAUAUGGGCUGGACCAUGUGUCAGGACUCACAGAUCCUUGCGUAUUGUUGGACCACAGUCUGUUAUGUGCGACAUUAGCUCCCUGUGUGUUUUCAGGCGGCCUCGGCUCAUUAUUGACAAUCAAAGGCAGAACUCGCUGCUUUCAGGGAGGAAACUGGCUGGGAUACAAGUGUGCCUUGGCAUUCAUUUGCAAACUUAAGUUUUUGUGUACUUUCUGAUGUUCCUUGCAAGCUUGCAAGUGUAAGCUGUGAAGAAUACAUCAACUCCAUGCCUGUUUGGGGUGAAAGCACAUCUCCUUUGUCUAUUGGCUCGCCAUUUUCACUUGAGAUGACUACGCAUGAUUGUGUGUGUUUUUAUGUAGUCUAAUGUUUUGUUUUGUUUUUUUUGUUACCUUUCACGGUGAGGUGAAAAUCCAGAGACCCUUGUUACUCCAGACAUUUAUUUAGGGGUCUGUCAACUUAAAGACCUGACGCUAGAGCUUUUUACUCAGCCUGCUUCAGGAGAACCCCUGACACACUAUAUAAAUCUCUCCCUCUGGCUGCCAGCAAACAGCGCCGUCACUUUUGUCUCGAGCCAUUUAGACCCCCUCAGCCUGUGGGGGCCAGCGCCGAUAUUCACAUCAUGUCAGGGAUCAGGAAUGAGUCACUGUAAAGCAAAGCACGGUUAUGCGUAUCAGUGCUGUUUUGAAUUUCAUGUCUGCAACACCUUGUGAGAGCAUUUACACAGUUCAAUGAAUUAAUGCAAAGGUUAAUACUUUUCAAAGCCCGUCUCACAAUGUUCACACUUAUGCAUACAUUGAAAAGCUGAUGAAGUCUGGAGCAAAUGUGGACUCUUUUGCUCACAUUGGCAGUAUGGACUCUUUGUUACUUACAGGCCUAUUCAGUUACUUUUUUAUGAAGGACCUUUUACUAAAGGUGGCUACAAGCCAAAGGGCAGCAUGUACAAACUUCUAAUACAAAACAUGUAAAGCUUGAAUAUGAAUGUGUAAACAGGCAUCACUCUGACCUUAUAGGAUUUUUGCAUAGAACUUCCUUACUGUUUCUUGUUAAUGAAGGGACGAGGGACUUAACAAGAGACAUAAACUAUGCACUAAAUACUAGAGGUGUGCCAAAAUAUCGAUUCACACAAGAUUCACAAGUCUAAUUUACUACGAUUCAGGAUCUAUUUAAAAGAUCAUGAUCAGAAAUUAUUAUGAAUAAAAUCGUUUUGAAUUGAAAAUCGAUUUUAAAUGGAAUCGUGGCUCCAAAAAUCUGAAUCGAAUCGAUUCAUGAGACAGUAAAAGAUUCCCUCCCCUACAGUAAAGUAGUGCUAUUUCUUUCAUAAAACAAUAUCAAGAAAAUGAACUGUAAGCCCUAUCUGAUUUGAUCAAUGAUGUAAAGACUCAUGUCUCUGUAGGUAUGGUUAAAAAAAAUUCAAUACUAUAUUUUUGCUCCUGAUUAAAAAGCCUGGUUCAUGUCUCAGAGACAGAAGCCCAUAUGCCUGUUUUUCUGUGGCUCCGUUCUGGUUGGCCAUUAUAUUUAGGGGCCCAGGAAUUUGUGUGUUUUGCAUGACUGAGUGUAGUCACACAUCCACAGACACGGACGCUCUGGAGCUGUUAGUCAUUGCCUUUUCUCUCUUUGAAUCUGCGCAAAGUGGCUGCCUGCAUACCACAGGGAGACUGACUGUCACCUCAGUGUGUUAAAAACUGCUGCAAUUAACAUACCCACCUGGGCAAUACAGUCACCAAAGAGUUGUAGUGUUUAAUGUUUCCAUAUCUAGAGACAUAAAAAUUCUCUUAUUUGGUGAAAUAAUAUUGAUCCAGUUCUUGUCUAAUUUGUCUUCCUGCUUAGCCAGUUUUCUGUUAUUUACCACUGGGACCCUGAACUCUCUCUUCUCCUGCAAUAUCUUUUUCAAGCAGGUUCUACAGGCUGAAUCUAUGCUGCAAACCAGACUAGGCUUCCUGCUCUGUGUACAUUAUGUUACAGUUGGAAGUGGUUGCUCUAAACCAGGUGUUUUUCCUCGUGAGCGCUGGAACACGUUUUCUCUUCUUGAACGAUACUGUAAAAACAACUUGCUCAUUAAUGGUAAAAGAACACAGACAUCAGAGGGAAAAGCAGUGUGGGCCUUCUCUUAAAUCAAAGAUUAGAAAGAAAAAUAAGACACUAGGAAACUUUUUUUCAUUGCUCCACAAAAGGGGAGGGGAGAGAGAGGCGGCUGUGAGAAGAUGAUAAGACCCAGAAAUGCAUAUGUUUUCAUGGCUCAGUCACCCCCACCAUUGCGCGCUAUACUUCUGCUCUCUGCUUUAAAAGAAACCUCCGUCUUUCAUAUGCUUGGCCUGCCAAACCCCUAAACUGUUGAAGUGGAGUGUCGUCUUGGAUAAAGUCGUCUGUGCCGUGAAUAAAGGGCAGGAAUGCAUUAAACGCCCAAAUCCUUUCGCUUGCAACGGGUAGCCGGGCUUUGUGAUUGCUAAAGUGCACAGCUUUAAAGUGAAAAGGCUUGUUCCUUGCCUGAGUGUUGUUUCACUCUGCACGCGUACAUUUAGCUGCAUCUGUGAUUGCUUUCCUUUUCUUUUUUCUUUUUCUUUUUUUGGACAUGGCUGCCACAUUUUUCUCUUUGUAUUUACCUUUUUUCACCUUUUCAAAACCUGAUUGAGCACUCCUGCAUACUAUGCAUGCAGGGAAUAUGGACGAAAUGUGAACUCUUGUUUUUUUUUUUUUUUUCAUCUUUAACUGACCCAAAGAGGGAGGACAUGUUUAGUCCCUCAGCACAGAGUGAUAUUUGAUCAUUGCUUUAACAUUAAUUGGUGUUACACUCAAUCUGUGUCAGGUGCCAGAUAUUAUCAGCCUAAUACCAGGCAUCACAAGGCAUCUAAAGCAGCUUUCCCUGGGCAAAUCGGAUCCCUCCAAUUCCUCAGGCAUUAGAUUUCUUUCUCUCUCUCUCUCUUUCUCUCACACUUGUGUGGACAGAUGUGCUCAGCAGGGUCGGAAGGCCUUUUGCUCAGAGCUACAGGGUGAGGACAAAGCAGCUAUGGAGCAGGGUCUAUUUUUGGGCUCUUAAUGGACUUGUUCCUGUUCUCUAGCGGAGCAGGUCUAGCAGAAUGAUCUCCACCGGUCUUAAACCUGAUUACUGUAUCCCUCCUGGACUUCUCCAUUGUUCUUAAUAUUCCUCUGACCUCUCCUUUUUCUGUCUCGCCUGUCUUUGAUCUCUCCCUUUCUCACUUACAUUCAGUGUUUUCCUUCAUGUUGUGUUUACAUUCAUGAGAUCAUGUCGGGGGGGAGGAGAUGCAACAGUAAGAAACACCCCCACCGUCAGUGGCUAAUCUUCCCCUCCUCUCUCAUUCUUGAUUCUGCCUGUGCUGCUUUAGUGCGAUCACGUUUUAGCGUAAAUAAAUGAAAAGCCUCCCUAUCCCAUGGUGUUCAUGGUGACUAACUCUGUCAAAUAUCACUCACUCAGAUGACUAGAUUCACUUAAUGGAUUUUUUUUCCCCCUGCCCCUUCUAUCUGUUCCUCCCUGCUGCACAUGUCUCACCAGUAUAGGCCUAGUUCUGCACUGUCUGAUCAAUAGCUAAUGGUCUCUACGUCGGUGAAAAUCUGCCUCGGUGCCAUUGGCUGCUGUUUCCACUGCUUUUCUCCUGGUACGGCAGGGAUAAUUGGUUAGCUAAAACCAGUCAUGGUGAGGAUAGGAGCCAGGCUGAAGAGUUCUCCUCAGUUAGUCACGCUGCUUUUAAGCUUUGUCACAGUAGUUGAACACAUUUUACAUUUUCAAUAAUUACACUUAAGGUCCUUACACACCGGGGUGACUCAAAUAUAGAACGUGAAAUUAUGAAAUAUUUGGAGGCGAAUUUUGACGCGCCUGACUAUACACAUCAAGCCCGAUGGGAUUUUGCGACUUUCCGGAGGGAAAAAUACGCAUCUCGGGGAAGACUUUUGCCGGGAAAAGUCCCGCCUCCUUCGCCUCCGAUUGGCUAGAAAAGCUGGAAACAUCAUCACACGCUCAAGCCAAACGGUCAGCACUUACAGCCAAUCAGAGAUGAUAAGAUAAGCACAUGAAACUAUGGUAACAGCCGUUAGCUUACGUUAGCGCAGAUGAAAGUUAAAACAAAGAUGUUUAGCAAAAUGUUUAAGUACACAAACUAUCGUCAUAUGAGAGAUCCGAUGCUAUGUUGUCUUUCAGGUCAUUAUCUUUGUAAUGUUUGUGUCUUUUAUCAAAAAGCACUCUGUUCUCAGACAUGUAAACAAUCAGCCGGUCGACCAUGUUUGAUAUACCGGUGAAUCUGACGUCGCAACAACACGCAAUCUGAUUGGUCAGAAAUGGACACACAAUAUGCGGAACUUAAAAAAUCGACCGUGGACCUAAAAAAAAAAAAAUGCUGCAAUAUAGCAGGAUGGGAAAACAUCUCUGAUGUGAACGCUUGUGUUGACAGGAUAUGGUUUCGAAAAAUAAAUAUUGACGUCCGAAAUAAUCGCACGACAAAAACGGUGUGAAAGGACCUUUUACUGUUUAAUAAUUAAAAAUAGCGGCGGACCAAUAAUCAGCCUCUGUGAUGAUUAUUGUUUUUACCUAUACCUAUAGGCAUUUUGAUCUAGAACAGAUAGAUAACCCCUUUUUGUGUGCAGAAAUCUGUUGAUAGAGCUAUAUUUGUUGACAGACUGCUACCAGUGGGAGCUGGAAUGUCGUUGCAGAUUGAUUAAUUCUCCUUACUGGUCAAUAUUCCUGAUAACAAGUGUACUGCCUGGAUGAAAACCAGGACAAACACCUCCAGUGCCAAAGUCCAGGCUCUUGAGCACAGUUUCUUAAUUGUUAGAUGAAAUAUUCAAACAGACCAAACCAAUUAAUACUAGCGAAAGGGCUCAAUCCAACUACUUUUGCAUCAUCCUUUAUACAGUACCUUUUAAAAUCCCUCCCUUUAUGGCUCUCUUCUUCCUUAUCCUUUUUGUUAGAUAUUCAUCUACCCUUUUUUUUCUGAGAUCGCCCAGAAGAUGAGGCAAAAACAUCUCUUUACUUGAGCUUUCAAAGGGCAGAAAGAUCUUCAGCCGCAGCCUGUGACAUUUUCGUCUUUUUUUUUUUUUUUUUUUUUUUGACUGCAGAUUUUGAGAAGAAGGGCAAAAAAAAAUUUGAGAAAAACACAAAAGGAGAAAUGGAUAAAAUGAAAUAGGGUUCAACUUACACAGACGCAGAAAAAAGCAGAACACAGCAGCAAUGUGCUUGCUCAGCGCUGUGGUUGAUCAUUCUGGUGCUUCUCUUUUGUCUUUGUCUCAUCAAACCUGUCUCCUCUCUGCCCUCCAACAACUCUCAAGGUUGAUUUUUGUCUCUUCCUGACAGAUGUCGGGGUAAAAUGCUCAACCCAGAUAUCAUGAUCUCUUCCUGAGUGUGCCCGUGUUUUUGUUCCUGUCUGUACAUAGACACCCCUCACGGGUAAACAGACAGCUCAGACAGAAAGUGCUGUUUGUGUGUGUGUGGUUUGCUGAGUCAAGGGCUAUGAAUGACACACUGAACUUAGGGGGAGUAACGGGAUCUCAAAUGAGGAAUCUUUUCCUAACCCUUGUACAGAAAAGAUGCAAAUCCUCCAAAUGCUAACCCUCUAGUUCUUCACUUUGAGAGAAUUUUCUCACUGGUGACCUAUCCCCUUCUUACUCCAGCUAGCUGUCCUCUUUUUCUACUUUUCUUCCUUCCUGAGAUAGUAAUCCACGGUCCCCUCAUGUUGUCUUUCUUUGAAAAUCUGCUUUUCCUGCCGGGGUGGACAGCUAGACAAAUGAUUGCAUCGGUCGAGCAAGGCAGGGGGUAAUUUUUAGGUGAGCACAGCGCUUCAGCAGAGACUUGCCGCACUGAAAUUAGAGGUUGUCAAAUGCCGCACGUCUCCGCUGAUGGCCCAGCACGGCCCCCUUAUGUUAAUGUGGCAUUUCAGCGAGAGGAAACAGAAUUAGAAGACGGUGGGGGCUGCUGCUGCUGCUGCCGCUGCUGUCGGCAGUUGUUGGGGUUGCUUUGUCACAUGCACACACUUCCUCGUUUUAUUCUCUCCACUCAUCUGAAGAAUGAGUGUUCCUAAGAAGCAAAAAGCAUCCAGUAUAUUUGCUUUUGUGGUAAAGUAUGUGCAGAGAAGUGAUUUUCUAACCUACAGAACAUUGGCUCCUCUUUCCCCUGUCAUUGAUGGCUCCUACACACAUGCUUAGCCCACCAGUGGUCUGUUAAAUAGCUCUUCUGUGUUUAAUAAUGUUAGCUUCAAGUGACAGACGCAGCAAGUAACGUCGGAAGAUUUAUAGUAAGUAGGGGCAUUUUCAAUUUUACAGCAUGGCUUUUAAUAGCGAUCUUCUUUUCCGGAGAUACUAACUAUGAGUGAUCAGACAGUGGGUGAGUUUUCUUCAAGCCAUUGAAAGGAUCUGUGGUUUAAAUACUUGCUGUGAGGUCUUUUUUCAGGGCUCGACAAAGCGACCGUUUCACUCGCAUUUGCAAAUAAAAAAUUAUAAAAUGUAGUUAGUUACAUGUGCGCAUAAAAUUUUUUUUAUUUCAAAUAGUAAUACCUGUCAUGUGACCAGAAGACCUAGAAUUGAUUUCAAAUAAUAAUACUUAAAUCGACCAAUAAGACACACAUUAUUUGAUCAAUUUUCAACGUGUCCCUAAAGUUCUUUGUGUGCUCCUUACUUGUUCAACUUAGGAACACAUAUGCUCCUUGUGGAAAAAGUUAGUGUCAAGCCCUGUUUUUGACACACAAUCAAAUGCAUUUUUAGAUGACUUAUUACUCACUGGGUCAUGCUGUCCCAAUAAUCUCCCUUCUUAAUGUCUCAAUGCCAAACCCGUCUGUUUACACCAAAGCCUGAUGCUGCUCGUGUCGUUCAAGACUGAUGUAAUCUGUCCUGUGGGUCAGAAUACCAUGAAGCUGAAUCAAUGUUUAGGGAGGACAGGGAGUGUCUGCGUGGACCACAGACUGCUGACAUCAUGUUGUUUUGGGAGCAGCCGCUCCACUGGCUCGCAAAGUACUUGUCCUGCAAGGUGUUUUUUUUUUCUACACAGCUGCAGGCCAGAUGCUUAUGUGUUAGCUUGUCAGUGUCCAUAAGCUCAUCAAUCACACAUUUGUCCGUCUGUCAUCGGCAGUAUCCAGAGACAAACUUUUCCAGAUGGACAGGGAACUCGUAAAAAACUGAUUCCCGGAUUAAAAACAUCUUUUAUUUUUCAGAGCUGAGUUUUACUCUUAAUUCAGUUUGUCCAAAUGUGUAACUCUUCCUGCUUUAAACAAUGACUAGAACCACACAAAAUCCUAGUUAUGUAAGUUUAAUCCACCUUCUAUUUUUGCCUUGGUGAGAGGUGAAGGCCUUGAGGUCAGGCAUGCUUCACUAAGGCCAUCUAUAGUUGAGUGUCAUGUUCCCCUGCUAGAGUUUAAAAUAAGACUCCCAACUGGCCUGAAGUCUCAUGAGACAUAGCGAUAGUGCCGAAACCCCCACCUCACACAUGUCAUGCCUUGAGGUGUCACGAGCACAACCGUUUAGUUCCAGCUGUUCAGCUGGAAAACUGUAUUUGUGUCUUUUGUUGAGAAAGUUUCUCCUGUCAUUUCUUGCUGAUUUACUAUUAGUUUCAGCAGUUGCAUGACUGUUUCUGUGCUGUGGGAAGUUAGAAAGGGCAACCAGUUUGUCUCCCCUAUAAUGGGUGUUACAACUACACACACACACAGAAUGAAUGGAUGCUUUUUCAGGCUGCAUGACACAGCGUUUCUCUGUUGUGGGAAUUCAGGUGAGCCACAGAAUCGGUCAUAUUGUAUGAAUUAAAGGUACACGUGUGUGUGUGUGUGUUUGAAAGGCGGUCAGAGCAGAAGGCUCUGUCAGCUGUGUAUGUGUAUGAAAGCGAGCAUAAGAAGGGAGGUCCAUUAGUUUUAUCUGACAGAGGGAUCAGAUCUGAAGGCAUGUACCUGAGCGAUUCUCUGCGUCUCUUCUCCCCACCUGCCCAGCUGCUCGCUCACUCACUACUCUAUUAGUGAACAGCCGCUGGGGAGCAUAAAGCUGAAAGCAGAGACAGUGGUCUUAACCCCUAAAUAAUGCAGUACUUAACUUUGGCCCUGGCAUAAAAAAAAUAAAAAAAAACUCCCAAAAAAUACACACAUCAUUUUUCUGUGAAUUUUCUCUGAGAAACAACAUUUUCCUGCAGGUAAUAGGAAGCACCCAUGCUCAACUGUCACAUAUUUUCACUCUCCCAGGCUGUGAUAGCUCUUUGUUUACUCCCUGAAAACGAACUUACACAUUUGUUUGUCGAUAAAUGACAAACAUUACUCAAGGCAACUGACAAAUUUCUGUUGCCGUUCUUUUCUUUUAUACCGCUCAGAUUUAUAUGCUACAUUAAGCCUUUCCCCACAAGUGGAAAUCAAUUGAACACUGAUGUAUUAGAGAAAUGUUGAGUUUGUUGUUAGUCUGCAGUUGCUCACCGCAGUGCACAUGUUUGUGUGUUACAGAAAUCAACAGAGUGCGUAAAGACAUGUACAGCGACACAGUGAAUGGCCUUGUGGACAGACACCCUCUGGAGCUGCCUGAGCCUACAGGACCCAUCGUCCACCUGCAGGAAAAACUGUUUGUGCCUGUCAAAGAGUACCCCGAUGUAAGUAGCUGCAUAUUUUUGUAUUUUCAUUCUCAUUUCAUACAGCAAAUGUUUUUUUUUUUUCUUUUAAAAGUUUGGUUGAAAAGCUAAAUGAGAACCUACUGAUUCAAAAUUUGUGUGAGGAGAUGCACAACAAAUGAACACUCGCACAAACACCCACGCAUGUGGUUGGCCCUUUGCUCGAGGCUGUGUGUCUUAAUGGUGUGUCAUCAGUGGAAUGUCAGCUGUCGAUGGUUCAACAAUCUGUCAGCACUGAGGACAUAGACACUUCUGAAAUGAUCUGGUUGUUUUUGUUCUACAUUCUUGUUCACUCUCACACACAUGUGCUUCCCCUGCUCUUCUUUAAGCUUCUUUAAGUCUCCAUUACCUUCUUGCUCUUUUUAAGUUACACUUGCUAAACAAAAGCUGGUGGACUUGCAUGUUCAAGUUGUUAAUGGACUGCCGUUAAAGCUGUAUCAGGUUGCGGUCUUAAUAGGCCUUACUCGCAGGAAAACAUGGCAUGCUGGGGUGUUUAUGGGCCAGCUCAGCGGUAGAUUAGUACUUAGAGGGGCAGACGGAGAGGAUGAAGAAAGAGUGCCAUAAAAAGUUAGCUGCAAUUUCAUAAAUAUUCAUUUGAAGGAGAUGGAAAUCUUUUGACAUUACCAUUUUUUAGUCAUAACAGUGCUUAAGAUGGGGAUAUGUAUUUACAUGCACUCAGUCACACUCAGCUGAAGAAGUAUAGUACAUGACAAAGCUUUCACCAAAGAACUCCGGGGAUAGUUUUUGCUAAUGUUAAGGUAAAAAUUAAAAUUACAUGUAUGUUUUUCCCUUGUUUUUUGAUACUACUGGUGCUUUCCUUUUUUGUCUAUGUGUAAUGGGCUUCAAUGGAAGUCAGUAAAACCCCUUAUCUAAAGAAUUAUAGAUGGACCUAUAUAAGAGCAGAGCCCCGCAGAACAAGUGUAACCUAAGUUUGAAACCGUGGUCGGUCGGUCACCUCCCUCUCCUCGAGGUAAUCUUUGGCGCACACACGAAUGCUUGUGUCCCAUCUUGGGGGAGCAGCGUUUCUCCUCGUAAUCCCAGCAGCUUGCUGUGGGGGAAAUGAAUGGAGGGAGGUGACGAAGGAUAAGAGACACUAGAGCAGGGCCCAGCCCGGCCAGGCGUGGACUGCAUUUUCCCCCUGACAGAAUUGAUAAAGGGCACAGGGGACUAGCUCGGAUUAGCUUAGCUUCAGCUGACCCUUCCAACAGACUCAGCCUCCAAGCUCAAACUAAAUCAAGCAGCGACAACACAGUCUUUGACCUUUCAUCUCCAGUGCAGGACUUCAGAUCCUUAGACAGUCUCUGUCUGUCCUAACCGUCUUGAACUUUUAUUUGUAUCAUUGGUAUUUCUACAAAAAGCUGGAUUUUAUUUCUCUUAGUUGCAAAGUUUAGUUAAAGUAUUGCGACUUCAUCUAUGAUUUAAAUAAAAACCUUUUUGUUUCCUUAAUAGUGUAAAUUGAGCAAUGAUAUAAGAUGUUUUACAUCCACAUCCUCUCUGAAAGUUCAAGUCAGGUCUGUGAAUUUGUUUAAUUGUGUGCUUGUCUGUUCAGGUUCUCCUUGUUCAGCAGUUUUUUUGUAGUCGAAGCUUCAGUUGUUUUAAAGGUCAUAUUCUCCCUCUGAAAUAAUGCAGUCCAUGCAGAAAACGCUAUUUAAAGCCAUAAGGCUCCGAUUGUUACCUUUUUAGCUGUGGGAUCCCAUGUUCUACCCUGCAGCUGAAAUCCCUGCAUUGUGUGUAGGUGGGUGGGCUUUGUAACUAACCCAGUAGAAGGCUGUGUGCGUUUUAUAGGAGAGUGAGGGGAGGUCUGAGAAGAUGGGUCUGCCACCAGUUGUGGUAAAGACACUAAUGGACUGACUCACUCGCGCUCGCACUUACACACAGACACACACACACAUAUGGACACAAACAGACUAUAAAAAAGUGUGGCAUCCUCAGAUGACCCGUGUGUUGCCUUGCUCUGUGUGCUGUGCCGCUCUGCGCCGAGCGAGGCUGUAACUCAGUAUUAUGUUUACGAUCCGCCGCAAAAGACACUAAAUUAAUUAGGCUUCCCCCUGGUGGCCGAGAUGACUCACUGACGCCCUUAAGAGAGAGAAAUUUAUACACACACUUACUAUGAGUGUAAACAUGUGCAAGAAGAGAAAAAUACACCCUUCUGGCAAUGCACAAUGACACUCAUUUUGUAACACAUACAAAACCCUUCCUCUUUAUAGGGACAUGAGGUGUUCAGAGAAACAGAAAAUUGCCAGAUAGAUGUAGCUCUGGACUUGAGACCUUUUUUUCUUUUCCUGGUGUCAAAGACCUAACAGUGUUUACGAGCAAAAAUUUCCCAAUAAAGUCAUCAAAACACUUUUGAGUAUUAUGAUGUAGCAGAGAUAAAUUGUUACCAUUUAUUUAAGAGAUUUGAUGCCUCUAUGUACUCAAUGCUUUGAGAGACACUACAGUGGAUCUGUAUACAGUUAGUAUUUCCUUGGAGGAUAGAAAGAGUAAUCAUUUAAUGGUGGGAUAAGAGGGGAGAUGGUGUGGGAUCAGCUUUGAAAUGAAGAGAGGAAAGACUACGAAAGAAGAGAAGAAAAAUGCCACGUCCUAUUCCUUCCUGCUCAUUGCUAAAAGGACAGGACACUGUAAUGAUGAUUAUUAGACUUGGGAAUAUUUCCCCCCUCUCACGUUUGCGUCUGAUCUCCCAGAUUCCCUUAAUAGAAAAGGCAUGUGUUUCAGUUUGUGCACUUGUGCGUGUUGCUAAUGCAACUCCAGGUUUUCCCAAGAAAGCCGGGACUAAUAGCCCCAGUCUAUGUUUUGUGUUCUUGGCAUCAGCUCACCUGCCAUGGAAGAUUAAUCCUAGUUCAUACUUUCCCCCAUCUUCGCCAUUCUUCCACACUUUUUGAAACACCUUGGAUUUACUCACCACCUUUUCAGCUUCGACUUUGAUCGCAAAACAUAAUUCCCAUUUUACUUUUAUCUGCCAUAUCCCCUCACAGCACAGCCACUCUUCCUCAGAGGGGCUGUCUCUGUCCCGCCAAAGUGUUGCCUGCUUUCGUUUCCCUGGUAGAUAAUUAGAUUGUCCUGGUGCCAGGAUGCAGUACCUCAUGUCAACUUUACCAAAAUAACUUGCCUUGCCAGCAUGCUUCCACUCUAAUUCCCUUAAGUGUGUCCCUCCUAUGGCCUGUGUGCACCCGCCUGUGUGCCCCACAUCUGUAAGUGUGUGUUUGUGCGUCACCCUGUGUCUCUAUCAUCCUGUCUGCCGAUGUGUCUUGCUACCUGCUCUCUUGCUGUACUUCAAAGUCAGCCAUUUCCUGAUGUCGUCAGUGGUGCAGAGCGCCGUGGAGCGUCACCGUGGUGACUGCAUCUUGAGUGACAGCUGAGUCGCAGGCUAUCUGAUAACUUCAACCUUCAAUUAAACGCUAUCUGUGGCUCCGCUUCUCUCCCGAGCACACGCUCACACACACAUUGACAGGCAGCUGACUGACAGCUCAGCAUGUCAUUUCCGUUGACCUUCAGGCAGCUGAUAGGAUGUGUGACAUGUCUUUUAAGUGUGUCUUUGUCUCCUCUUUUAUUCCCAGUGUGCCUGUAUUUGCAAACUGUUGGGUUGCUUGUGGGCAGGUCAGUGCUUAGUAGUGACAACACACACACGAACACGCACAUGGACUCCAACUUUGCUGUCCGAACUCUGUGAAAUGGGACACUCUCCUUGCCUAAGAGAGGUGAAAGAUCGGUUUUAUUCAUCAGCCUGUAAAAGCAGCUGUGCGGCACAGCUCUGGUGUGUAUGUUCUGUGGCUGUGUUUGUCUGGAGUUUUGGCAGUGUCAUGCCUCUCACAGUUGUUUACCUCAGACAUGGAAUCCUUUUAAAACCCCCAACACCAAUUUGCUCUCUUCCGCUCCACUUGAAGUGUCUGGUACUAUCAAUCCUCAGAAGAGCAGAUGUGUGAUCCCUCAUCAGGUCUAUAUUUUUUGGUUAUCGGUUUCUGUUCUGGAGGCUAAUGAAUCCAAUUGAACAGUGCAAACAAAUUGUCACCUUGGAAAAGAUCAAUACAGUUUCUAUUGGCCCAGUUGUUAGAGACAGGGGUGGAAGUUUUGCUGUUGUUCAUCAGUGUAUCAAAGCUAGAGAAAAGUAACUCACUGACUGAGCCCUUUCCCACGAAUUUUGAUCCUUUUGUUGGUGUUUUUUUUUGUUCCAGGUAAUGAAAUGAGGCGGUGAAACUCCACAAGAUGGAAGUAUAUGUACAUUUAUUUUUGUUUUUCAAUGAAGAAAUUGGCAAAAUUAGCUUUAGCCCUCGACGAUGCUUCGCUCUGACUGCAGUGCACAGACACAAGAUACAGGUGAUUUAAGGAGACAGGAUGUCCCAGACCUCUCUGUUUCACUGCAGUAAAAUUGCCCGGACCAAACCGGCCAGUUCCCUGCACACUCAGAGUCAUUAAGCUUGCUCCCAUGGGGGUGUCAUCACUUAUCAUGCCAGCCCUGAUAUCCUUCUGACCCCCUUAAGUCAUUACCAGCCCUAGAAAUGUACCGCCCCACACCUCGCCUCACCUCACUGACAGAGCAGCAGAGUGGAGGAUUUUGAUAUCUGUAGCUAGCCAGCCAUGCAGGAUGAUGAUAAUUUGAUGAACGGGUGGUUUUCUACUUAGCUAUUUGAUGAGGAGGGUAAUUACAAAGAUAAUUUAAACAGAGAGGACUCUAUUUGUUUUAGACAGUGAACAUGACAAAGGGCAACAGUGUGAGCUGUUAAAUGUGUGUUUAUAAGUGUACUAAUGCCCCUGAUUGCUUGCAUAUUAUGAAUUUGUACUUGGCUCUUCUUUGCCUGUUUGUCUCAGAAAGGAUUCAACCGAGAGGCAGAGGAAAGAGAAAACUGAACCAGGACAAAGGAGAGGAAAGGUUGACCACUCAGGGCUCAGAGGCUGCGUCAGGGCUUAUGAAUCGCACUGAAAGAUAGAGCAGCAUUAAUGAUAAUUCCAGCUGAACUACAAUCCCAUCAUGAUUUCACUGAUAUCUUGUCUUUUUGAAAAUCAUUGUUGGCAUGGAUCUGUCUACAUAAGAAAAUAUCGAUGACAUGUACAUACCAAGAAGGGGGGGAUCAUCUAGGCCUGGGCGAUUUGGCAAAAAAAAUGAUCACGAUAUAAUUUGUCGUAUCGUCUGAUCUCGAUUAUUAUCACAAUUUUUUUUUUUUAAAAUUGCCCGUUUUAAAGCAUCUGUACUAAAAACUAAAGAAACUAGAGAUUAGUUCAACAUUUUUUUAACGCACAAAGUAAAUAACAAAGCAAAUUAAAUAAGAAACAUCGAAAAAUAUUUAAAAAAACAUUUCUACUCAACAGUACAACAAAUGUAGAUAAAUACUAAAUAAUACAGUGAAUUAGUUUACAGUCGUGAGUGUUUUUGCAUGUAUGCAAGACCCAAAAUAAACAAAUCGCCCCCUCAGAGAUAAUGAAGACACCUUAAAAUGUAAACAUUAUAUGAUGUAAAUGUAGAUGAUACGAUUAAUCGCUGCCUAGGUCUGGUGGCUGCACCGCUAGUUGUGGCUAAACUGCUAAUGCUACUUGUGCUGUCAGCAGUGACAGGCUGUACAGACUCCGCUCACAUUUUCAUGCUUCCCGCAUAAUCAUUGGGGAGGUACUUCUUCGAAUGAUUAAACAGAUCUGUUGUGUUGCAGGUUUUUAUGGGCACCAACCGCCAACAUACCUUGCACAUCCGCUUAAUUACUUGACGUCACUUUGGAGAUACCUGAACCACCACAACACAACUGACAUUGAAUAACUUCUCAAAAGUAACAUCUUCGGAAGAUGACUCAAAGUCACGCCUGACAACUAUUUUUCUGCCCUCAGCUCAGCAUUUAUCUCCAUGUUCAGUCAUUCUGUUCACCUCUCCUGUUUACUCCUCCGGUAACUUACAGAAGUGAGAAGGAAAAGCUCGACUCUGAUUGGCCGUAGUGACGCACAUUUAAAUAUGCUCACAGCUGAUCACUAUGAUUGAACUGAAAUUUAUCACGAUCAUAUAAUCGCCCAGUCUUAGGAUCAUCCCUUUAAAAUGUGGGACAACUCUGGAUCUGUGUUCUUGUUAUUAGCUCAUAUUGUGGUCAGUUGUUGCCAGUCAGCUGAUAAGCACGCAAAAGUUUAGGCAUGAGUGAUGCAGCUGAUUCUUGAUCAUCUGAUCAUAGUGUAAUUACAGUUUCCUGUCCUAAGUGACACGUGGCGUUGUUUUUUAAAGGUUUGGACUUGACCUUUUUGACAGAGAUGAGGGGUAAAAAGUCCAAAGAAUCACACUUCUUAAUUCCUCCAGUAUUAAAUUGAUUUAAAGGUCCAAACAGCAGAUUUUAAAUAGGUGUUUUUACCUGCAGCAAGCCUGAAGAGAGUUUGAUAAGACAGCACAUCAUGACACACACUUGUCUACGGUUCCAUCCGUUCUGUCAAAGGGCAGUUUUUCCACCAGCAUAUUGUGAUAAAUGCGAGACCACUCAGGGAGAGACUGAAUGUUGUUCAGCAUCUUCCUUCUGAUUUUAUUUUUCUGUUUCUGCUGCUCGCUUCUGAAAGUUCAAAAACUUUGCUCCGCACUUCCCUCACUCACAUCUUCCAAACGUCUAGCCGACAUCAAUCUUUACGCCUUCCAUCUCUCCCCUGUAUUUCCACUCUGCCUGCAACCCCAAAAUAAACCCAAACAGAAUUAUGAAAGGAGUCAUGGAUUAGGCGCUAAAUGCUGGAUGUGCUGAAUAGAGAGCUUUGAAGUCUACAGGGCUUUGAGGCGAAAAUGUCACCACUGGUAUCAAACUUAAAAUAUUAUUACUCCUUCAUCGUCCCAGCCUCACCUCUUCUGUCCCCCCUGUAGAUCAAGCAUGCUAACCGCUGUUGACUCAUCUCCAGCCCAUCUCUCUUUUUCCUUUUAGUGCGAUCUGUGCAUUCAUGUGUGAGUGUUGUGGUAAACAGGCUGCAGAGUUCAGGGUCAGUUAGUUGGAUUAAUUGAAUGAUGGAGCAUUAUAGCUGAAAUAUGAGUGACUGAUAAAAUGCAGGCAGCCAGGGAAGGGGGACUGUGUGUGGCUGUAGAGAAACAUGAGUAUGUGCUGCUGUUCGAGGCAGAGGCAGAAGAGGAAGAUCCUGUGUGUCCAGACAAAGAGUAAUAGGAAGCCUGCAUAGUCUCCAAACUUUAUGAAUGGACACCAGGUGCAGAAAACGUGUAAGAGGAGAGUCCAACUCUCUGCCCUACAAUGAAGCUUCCAAACACUGUAACUUGAAAUGAAUUGAGGUAUUUUUGUGUGUGAGGGAAAGGGGAGUUUUGCUGUGAUAAAUGGUGGACCAUUACAGUGGAAUGAGCUGUUUCACAAUAUGUUGUAACAUGAAGGAAGUGGGCUGAGGAAAGGGAGUGAUAGAAAACAGAGGGAGAGAUGGCCGUGCCUGGUGUAAGCACAGAUCCCACCUUUGCUUUGAUACAUCACACUGACUGAACUGUUCAUUUCCAUUAGCUUGGCGAGGCUGGCUAAUAAGCAAUUGGUAUUCUCUCCCCGGCCUAGCCCCGCUCUUCCAUAAGCCCUGCACACGCACACCCAGAGCCCGCAGCGUGAUCUCAUUUCCUGUCUCCACACCACCACAAACAAACCAGCCGUCAAAGGCUCGAUUGUUCCGAGUCUCUGAGCAUUGUCGGUGGAACUGCUGUUGCCUCUUAGUUGUUCCCACAAAAAACAAAUCCCGAUGCACAAACACAUGCAAACCCACGUGACAAUCAGCAUGGGGUGCUGAGGGUGUCUACGAGAGUUCACUCCAUGUAAUGUGGUUGUGCACACACGCACACUCCCGCUCAUAAACACACACUGGCAAAGACGUAGAAAUGUUCAGAGCAUAACCCGCCUGUGGAGUAGUGAUAACUGGGGCUAAACAAAGGCCUUUUAAUGUCACUGUAAGCCCUCGUCCUGAAGGGGGCUUUCUGUUUGUGUGUAUGUGUGUGUGUCUGUGUGUGUUUGUCCGUUUUUCUUUCUGUUUGUGCUAUGAGCUGUGUUUGAGUAUACUGUAUGUGCUUUCUGUGUUUGUUUGAGGAACUUGGCAAAACACAGAUAAAUGGGAUUGGAAAAAGAGAGAAGAGUUUGUCCAGCAAAUGUCCCUGUUCUUUAAUCUUUAAAUGAUGGAAAGAUCAGGAGAAAAAAAAAUUAAAAAAGCAGUUGCUGAGACUGCAUAGCUGGUAAAUAUAAAUGAACAUUUUUUUUUUUAGUUGUUUCAUUCAAUCUCAGAAUACUUGGUUGCUGUUUCUCAUUAUCUGGAUAACAAGGAGCAUGGGAAACUUACUAAGCCCCACCAUUUAACAGACACACUUUUUUUGUCUUGGUGUUAAUUUUCAGGCUGUCAAAAGCACGUUGAAAACUCCCUGUCACUAGUGACAGCUUCAAGGGCUUCUGGAGGGCACAGAGCUUUGAAACCCAGCCAGAAAAUAGUGGUGUUUCCCAGACCUGGCUCUUUGGAAAGUCCAUGUAACAGCCGAAAUAGAAAAUAGAAGAUGAAAACUUGCUUUUUUUAGUCGGUGCGGAGGAGGCUAGAUAGUUUAGCAAGAGGAGGUGAAGAGCGAAUAGUGUAUUUGGCAGUGAGGGCACUGUAUCCAUCCCACUCCUCUGGCUGUGCUGAGUGGAGUUCCUGGCAGGCUCAAAUGGCCCUGCACCCUUCUGAUAACUCACCCGCUUGGCUCUCCAUUGUCUCUACAUUCCAGUGGCUUAAAAUGGAGGUCGCCUUUUCUAACAGCAUAUCACCAUCCACAAGGAGAAUGUCAAGCCCUUCACGAGAGCGGCAAACCAGCAAACAGCGAGAGCCGCUAGCUACACUUAACUCCGAGCUUUAUUCCAUCACAUGAUGAUUUUGGCAUUAUUUUUAUUUACUGUGGAGUUACACUUUGAAGUGUGUGGACUCAUUUUUUGUUACUUUGCCAGACUGUGGUGAGAAGCUUCAUCAGAAACACUCUUUUGAUGUGUUUUUUUGCUGAAUUUUUCCUCGUGUGAUGUGUGUGCGUGAGUGAAACUUGCGGUAACUCCUCAGCCAGACGGGACGCCUGUUAUGCGCCGCGCCCCCCAAACCACUUGUUGUGAUUAUGUCUGUCACCAUAAAAACACAUCUGACUCGAGGCUGACAUCUGACAGGCCUUUACCCAGAAGCCCUCACUUCGUGGGGGUGGGGGCAUUAAACCUGAGCCCUUCACAUGUAUUGGCCUGCCUUCACCCUUUAUCCCUGAGUGCCCCAUCACAUGGAGUCGAGUGUGGAAAGAGCGUGGAAGGAAUGUGACGGCGACAUUGGCCCUUCUUGCCCUCCCCCGAGUUCUUGAAAGAUGAGACAUUCACGAACUUUUUCCCCUCUGACAUCUUCUCUAACCUUUUCUCUCUUUAUUUCUCUCAGCUGUCUUCAGUCACACCCAGGUCACUGUCAAGUCCCAACCACCUUCUGCUCUCAGACAGGGGGUGUUGUAAGAAUUAAAGAACGUACAAUGACAAUUCAAAUGCACUUUUUUAAACCGGGUGUUUAAUCUGGUGUAUUUUUCCCCCUUUUGUAGUUUAUUUGGCAUUCGCUUUGUCAUUCAUUCACUGUAUUUACAUUCAGCCCAGAUAGGAUUGGUUCUGACUGAAGGUUUUGUAGCCUGUCAGGCUGUUGGGAACCAUCACAUGUCUUCUCAGCACAAGAACUGGAGAAGGAAAACUUUUAAAACUUUGUUUGUGUACUCCUUUGUACGAGCCACUUGACACUUAGCAUUUUUCAUAUUGCUAUUUGCUAGCAGGGUAAGCUUUAUAACAGCACCAAGGACAUUACAGGACACUGAGUUUGUGUUUAAUAGGCUAGAGGUCUGUUUAUGUGUGUGUGUGUGUGUGUGUGUGGGAACACCAGCAUAACGCUCAGAGCUCGGGGUUCACCCUUGUCUAGAGCGGGUGCUGUGAUGCAGACAGACAGCUCUCUCCUGCGCUCCUUCAGGCCGUGUUUGUGCGCAUAUAUGUGUGUGUUUACAUGCGAGUCAGCAGCAGGCGACCGCGCGCGGUUGGUGGCUGACCUCGGACGACAGGUGCCUCUGUGUCCCUCAGCAGGCGCACACACUAUCACAAAUAGCCCCGUGCACCAGUUUCCUUGAUGCAAGUUAACCAAACAGACAGCUGCCUUGUGACCAAGCUACACACGCAUUAAGCCUGCGUAUAGCUGCAUGCUACGAUCAUCUGGGGAGACUUCGGCAUCUCGGGGUGUGUCUUUCCCGUCACAGACAGACAGGCUACGAUUGCAAGCGAGCCGAGUGACGUCGGCAGAAUAAAAAAGAAACAGCCUUCAGGUUUCGUCGGUUCCGUUUGUUCACGUAGUUUAAGGGAAACACACCAACGUUGCAUCCUAUUUGUAAUCCCCCAGUAAUUAAAUGUGACUUCCCUGAUGGCCCUUUGGAUUUCACAGUGGCGUGGGUGCGGCAGAGUGCAUAAGCAGAUGUGACUGCAUUUGAGAAUUUAAUGCAGCUGUGUCACAGCUCAUUGUAACAGUUAAGGCGAUGAACAGUUGUGUUCUCAUCAUCAAGAAAAAGCGCUCCACUGUGUCAGUGAGCAUUUGAAUAUUUCAGGUUCUGGAUUUCAGCUUGGGUACAAAUAUCUUGUUUUAAUAGUGUCAGAGAUCUUUUUACCCAUUAUGCACUCCACCAGCUGCUGUGCGCGCUGUUUAAACACGGAUGGUUUGUUUACCUCUUUAUGCGUCACCGUGCUCCCCCACCCUCCACCUCUCCUUUCUCUCCUUCCCUUCCCUUCUGUUUUUAUUUUGGCAGAAAAUUGUGUUGGAUUAUUUCAACACAUUUUCCCUUUAUCCUGUUGGAAGCCAGUUUCAAGUGGCGGGGAUUACGUCGCUAAAUACGUUUCCUUUCCGUACAAAGCUCCAAAGCCACACACCAGUGAAAGGGGGCCUUGAUAAGAAAAUUGUGUCAAGUGCACUACCUUUCCACACAGCUCACCUCCCCCUCGACAUCCUCUCAACUCGAUUUUCUCCUUGUUUGCCUCCCAACAUUGACACCAAGUCUUAUUCCCCUUAGUUAAUUUUUAUUUUCUAUUUGGGGCCAUUUUAACAUCCAGUGGGGGUGAUAAAGUAGGAGUAAGCCUCUCAAACCCCUCUCCUUCUUUGUGUUCUGAUUUCAUAUUCUGGUAUUCUAAUGUAAAGGAGAUUUAGAUGUCUUUUCACCUGUAUUAACUGGUUUAUUUCUCUCUUUCUAUCUGCAGUAUAACUUUGUGGGGAGAAUCCUUGGCCCUCGGGGACUCACAGCCAAACAGUUGGAAGCAGAGACGGGAUGCAAAAUCAUGGUGCGAGGCAAGAGCUCCAUGAGAGACAAGAAGAAGGUAAGCUAAUCAGCGGGGUAAUGUGCCCAGUGUGUUUAAUGGGCUUCAUCUCCUGAUAACAAUGUAAUUUAUUAGAUGAGAUUCAGCUCGCACAAAUAAAGAAAAAAAUAACCACGUCUAUUUAUUUUCGAACCCACCUCUGUGUUGUUACUAUAAGAAUUCAUCCUCUGUGUAAGAUGUGACACAAAAAGAGGAGACAAGCUGGGACCACUGUCAUACGAAAACAUCCCAGCAGCCCUGCAGAAACACGAGGCGCGUGCACACACACACACACACAGACGCACACUUGAUGCCUGGUGGCUGCAUUCUGACAUCCGAUAGGGCUGUUUGCAAAAUGCUGUGCAGUGGAAAGUACAGGAGGCAGUAGUAAAGAAGGCAGAUGAGGCCAGUGGCAGCCUCUAUUUCUGGACCCACAGAGCUGAGGCUGGAGACAUAAAAGGCGAGUAUUGCGUGUUCGUGCAUCCAGAGACUCCAAACAACCCUUUUUGUGUUUUUCACCUUCAAAUUGUGUACUUCUUUGAGAAUCACAUCACAACAUUUGAAAACCCAAAGGGACUGACUAUCACAAAAGAAACCUUGAUGAGAUACAGGCAACUUUUAGUUGUCCUGUAUUGCAGUACCAUCAGGUCAGCCUUGCAAUAGUAUAUCUUUAAAGCCUACAAAGCUGACUCAGAGCAUAUUUCAGCUGCCUACAUAUUGAAUCCAGAUUCAUCACACCAUUGAGCCCCAGAAGAUGAUUAAACAAUGAAAGUCAAAGCUUUGAAUGCUGUAAUAACUUGGAUUCAUCCCCAAGGGAUUGCAGUGUGUGUCAGAUCAGAUUUACUGAUGUACUUUGAAGUUACUGUGAGGACAAAAUGACAGUUUUGAAAAUUGUGAUAUUUCAAGCAUCUGUGCAUGUUUUGCCCAUGGGCUUCAACUGUUCCAUAAUGGCUGCUUUUAGCUAUGUUCUGUUUUAUGUCUGUGGUGUGUGAGUGUGUGUGUGUUUCUUGCUUGAGUGACACCUUUUUGGCAAUGUCUUUGUGAAUCUCCCUCAUUUUUCCUUUCUUUUUUUUUUAAACCUCCCAGAAGCUCUGAUUUGCCAGGCAGAAAUGCCAUAUUGUACUGCAUUUACAUAAGGCAGAAGAAGGGGAAUCACCUUCUCUACACACGCAGCCUCACACAUACACACGCAAAGUCCGCCACACAUCCAAACAGAAACAGGCUUCAUCCACAAAGACGAACACAGAUUUUUUCAGCUGAGUCAUAAUCUUAGAAGCUCCAGUUUGCUGCAGGGCCAAAACGUUUUUCUUCCCUCCUUUUUUUCUUUCUUCAUAGCUUCUCCGUUUCGUGUUUUAAUUCCUGUCUCUUCUUCUCAUUUCCCUCUGAGUGUGUUCAUUAUCAUAGAACAAGAUGAAGACACUCUACUCUGGUUCUUUCUCUGGAAUUAGAUCCAGAAGUUGUUAAAAAGAGGCGGACACACUCAAAGUACAAACCUGUUCACACACACACACUUACAAAGUUUGCCUAGGCUCAUUACAUGAAUCUGUGAUAACCUUCAUCAUCUCAGUGCCAUCUUAAAACUUAAUGACCUGGGCCACUUUGUUUGGACUGGACCCGUCAAAGGCCCUGUGCAAUUAACUCACUGACAAAGCCCCAUAGAGUUAAACAUUUAAACACCAGACAGGUGAGCAGGUUUGCUCUUUACUUAGUGUCAUGGCAUAGGGUGAAGUGUCUAAUAUUGUAAAUUGAUUGGUUAAAUCUGAAUAGUUUAAAGAAAACUGUACGGUUUGUAUAAUAUAUCAUGUCAACUCUCCAAACAAAGCUUAAAUUACAGUCUCCAUAUUCCCCGUAAGUGAAGACUAUACCUCUGGUUUAGAUAUUUACAGCACUUUUAAUUAGAGCUGGGUGAUAUGGCCUCAAAUCAAUAUCACAAUAUAUUAGGCAGUUCACCUCGAUAAGGCAAAAUGGACAAUAACUACUCCACAAGCUGCGCACCCCCUCCCACAUUAACUUCGUCUACUUCAGCCACCGCUUCAGCCGCUACAACUUUUGAACCGUCCUCCUUCUCCUCACCUGUCUUUCCCUGUCAGGUGUCCUACAUCUCCGACGUAGGACGGCGUCUUAAAGGGACACGAGACCAUAGCCUACCUACACACAUUCAAAACCAACUUUUAUUUGUUUAUUUUUUUGAUACUAAAUAUAUUGACAUGGGCAAAAUGACAUUGGUUAUUGUCGUAAAUUUCAUUAUCGGUAAAUUUUCAGUUUAUCGCCCAGCCCUGCCUUUAAUGACAAAGGACUACAAAUAGAAAUAAACUCCUAUAAUGUGCUGGUUUCCAUGCUUUACUACCUCCACUGUUAGUCAAUAACAGGAGUCACGAUCAGGUUAAACCCCCAAUGCAUUCAGGAAUCCUAUGCAUGGCUCUGGUUGUGUCAUAGCUUUGGCUCAGCCCCAGACAAAAGCCUCAGCUGUGGCCUCCAGUUGCUGCAUCCUCAACCUCAGUAUUUUCAGCUUGAUGCCCUGUGGCAGCAGAGGAAGCCGCGGGAGCAGCUUAGCCAGUGUGUUUAUUCAGGAUCCAUUAGCGGCAGCGUUUUUAUGCUCUCAAUAAUUCAGCUGGUUGCUCCCUCCUGGGCUGCACUGCCUGGCGGGGAGUCGGCUCACUGGAGCUAUGCAGUGGGAGAAAGUCGAGCAGGGGGGAGAGAGAGAGAGAGAGAGGAAAAGUCGAGUGAAAUAAAGAACAAUGGGGAGAGAGGCAAGCAGAUCAAGAAGAAAAAAAGAGGAAGAUGAAGAGAUAAAUGUGGGACUUCACUCUUUACGAAAAGGACCAAAUAUAAUGCUCAUAAUUAGAUACAUCCUGAUUACUUUUCCCUUUUAAUCCUAUUUAAAAUCUCUGAAUAUACAUAUCCAUAUAUACAUAUUUUUUUAAGCUAGCCUUUGCUACUCAAGCCAAGGACAGGCAAAUGUAGCAUUGCAGGAAAUUCAUCCUUCGUGAACAUAAUACCUGAUAUGAAUUUUCUAACAUGAUCGUUGCUUUUGUAAAUUCAGCAGUUUAUCUUCACUUUAGCAGCAGCAGUUUUGUAGACUGUUAUGAAAUCUCUUUGAAUCAUCUGAGAUAAAAGUUGUUGUUGACAUAACAGCCGUAACUGCAGUGUCAAAGAUGAGAUGAGAUGAGAGAACUUACCUGUGUAUUUGCGUCGGCAGGACUCAUUUAGCUUAAAUAACAGGAGACAUAAAGCAGAAUAAUGGCCUGUUUUAAAACUUCACAUUGUUCUCCAUUUUCAAUCACACUCACUUAGACAGUUCAAUUACAAAUUAACACCACUGAGACCAAUAUAAGUGUUAAAAACCACUAAACUGUCUUCUAGCUUCUUGGAUUUAGUUCCUGCCUUGUCAUGGGAGGUUAUUUGGUGGCCGGAGGGAUGGAGCUUAUUUGCUUCUUUCUGUUUUGAUUAUUUUGUCCUAAUAGAGUUAAGUGACUGGGGCUCCUUUAGGAGACCGUAUAACUUUCAUCUAAAGUAGAAAUUUGAUUUCCCUAAUUUUUGCUGUAGUCAGGCUUGAUGCAAAAUAACAACAGGAACAAAAGAAAUUCAAUAACAGAUACAAUUUCUCAGCUUUAUCAAAAACAAUUCCCUAAUUCAUUUUUGUCCUCCACACAGUGAGAGAUUACAGUUGGCACCUGCACAGCUGUUUUACUUUCAACACUAUAAGUGUCCUUGGAGAAUUCGAGAAGUACUCUGUGUUAAAUGGAUUUUCUGUGGGUGUUUUUUUCUUCUUUUGUUUUUUGUCGUGUUUUAUUUUGCUGUUAGUUAGUAGUAGCUUCACUGUGGUGUCAGUGAAGACAGCACCGAGUAGGUCUUAGACAUGGACCUCAAACUUCAGACAGCCAAACCUCCUCCUUUUAUUAAAAAAAACCCUGAAACUUUAUUCAAAAUGAACAUUUUUCUCACAUUUCUGUUUAUGUUUGUGUCUCACUAUCACUACAUACAGCCCUCUCUUGUCCUUCCUUGCCCCAGCUGCCCCCUAUUGCACCUGUUGGGCCUGCUGGCAUUAAUCCUCGACCCCAGCAGGUUAUGUCCUUGAGAUUUAAAGGAGAGGCAACCAUUCAUGGCAGGGAGAUUGAGUUAAGACACGGUCAAGAAUUUUGUUUAUGAGUGUUAAGUGUAGUGUUGCUUGGACAAAAUAGUGGCACCACAUAGUCCAAAAUCCUGUUGAGGCAGCAGCGUGGUCUAUAAACUUAGAAUGACCUUCAGCGACAACACUAAGCAUAGAAAGGUUUGUGUCUGCAUAUAUGGGUCCAGUUCUUUGGUCUGUGAUCAGAGGUGCAGGCAAAAAUGUUGGUGUUCGAAGGUUGGGUAAAGUUAUAGAAUGUAAACCACCAGAUUGAGCUGCAAUUGUGUAUGUAAUUUUAAGAACACAACCCACAAAAGGUAAGAGAGAGAGUCAGAAGAAAAAGGCCAUCUUUGUUUCCACUACCUUUUGCAUGUGGUGUCACCCAUGUGGAGAUUUUGAGGCCUUGAAGUUCUUGAGCUCAAGAUGAGGGGAGUGAAAGCCGGCAGGCAAACAGGUGCUGCACAGACAGACGAUGGACGUCAGGCAGCAUAACUGACGAGCAGUCUUUUCCCUCUGAUCCUAUUCUUAGAUGUUGUUCCUACAUGCAGAGGCCGUGCUAUUUAUUCAUGCCACAUAUUUUGCCAUAAGCGAUUACCCUCUGCGAUGUAGUUACUGGCAUGGCAUUUGAUGUCAGCGAGCACAACAUUCUUGUCAGAGGCCUUCCCAGUAUUCCCCUUCCUUUGAGCUCACCUCCCUUCUUUUUUUCCCCCCUCACUCUCCCACCACGCCUUCCCCCCCUCUACCAGCCCUCAUGUUUGUCAUGCUGUCACUUUCUCUCUGAGGGGGCACAGUGACCUUGUUCACAGGCGGUCAUGCUGGUGUAUAUGCAAGUGUGUAUAUGCGCUCUCUUCUCCCUCUCUUUGAACAUAAUCCAAACCAAAUCUGAGUGUGCCUGAACGUCGGCAUGCACACACCGAGCGCAUGACUCACUGAGAGUUAUUGACAGAUUGCAACAGUCUGCCAAUAAAUGUGCAUUUAUGGCCACCAUGUGCUAUUAUUCAGUGUACUGCAUGCAGCAGCCCUCGUGCCCUGUCAGUUUGUGUCCCCUUUUGAAAAAUGCUGAGUCAUGUCUCGGUCCCCAUGUCCCCUAAUAGGCCAUGAGCAAACAGUCCUGGUGAAAUAAUAGCCUGACUGCUGAAACAAGGCCCUCCCCCCCCCGUGUGGAACAGGGGAAAACGAGAGCGGAAUAUUGCACUUUUUCCUCUGUGCGUGUGUGUGUGUGUGCGCGCGUGUGUGUGCGUGUUAUAAAGAGCAGUGCCAUGGCAACAGGUCUCUGUGGAGUAGAAAGGAGGUGGGUGGCACUCAGUUCAAGCUGUGUGUGUAUGUGUGUGUGAGAUCGUGCAUGUGUGCGUGUGUGUGUGCGCAACCUUGUUGAUCCAAUUGAAAUCAUGUCAGGUGGGUCUCCUGCAGAGAACAGCAAUGUAUUGUUUGUAAUCAAGAUACAAUCACAGUGGAUCACUUCUCCCAAAUGAGCAGGGAUCUGAAGUUGAGGUGGUUAGCGUGGGUAGGGUUAAAUGACACACUGAUCAUCAACAAGCUGUACAAACCAAACCAGCAGCAGGUGGGCAGAGAUCUGAGAAGCCUUUUUGAGGCGCAGACUUCUUUAACAAAAAGAAAAAAAAAAUGAUCACAAAUCUGUUUUCGUAACGCUUUUGAGUCACAUUCUCUGGCAUUUCUGUUUUGUCUUCAUCACAUCAGUCAGAUAUGGCCGCCAUUACUCUGUAAUCGCCUUUUUUGUGGUGUCACUCAUCAGAGAAACUGAGGUUGCUUUUUUUCCGACAACCUAGACCUCAGCUCCUCACCUCAGGGGGAAGUACUGAGCUUUCAAACCGCUGGCUUUCAUGGUUGUACAAUGACAUGUGAUACAACCUAAAAAGCCUUUUAGAGCACUCUGUGUCUGCUAGCUGUGGUUAGUGUCGGCAGGGCAACCAGAAGAGGGAGGACUGUAACUACACUAAAUUGAACAGUAAGUUUAAAAAGAUCUACAAAUAUGAGGCUACCUUAUCAUUGUCCCUACAUUUCGCAUUUUUCCCCUCUCACAAAGACUCAAGUGUUACCGGGCUUUUCAUAGAAGCACCAGAAAAAAAUGUAAAAAUGUGCAAAAUAUCCAAACCUCUGCCUUUCCAAUUCAAAAAUUGAAAUUGCUUCCCAUUUGAGUGUGUUGAAAAGAUAUCAAGCAGUGAUGUUGGUUUUGAAUACAGCCCAUUUUGCUGUUCAGGUACUGCUAGUUCUACAAUUUAGCGCCCUUUGAAAGCUUUGGUGCUGCCUUUUCAGGAGGAAAACAUGGCUCCCUUCUGAGAGUUAUUGUUAGCCUAACAGUAUUGUCCAUACAAACACAAGUCAGAGACAGAGGCGCAUGCUUGUACACCUUCUCACACCGUGAAACUUUCUCCAUGUAUCAUCAUUGCGCCCCGACUCACUAAAAAUCCCUAUCCAUCUCUCUGAUCCUUCCACCCAUCCAUCUUUCAGUGAUAUUAAUUGCUGCAGGGCUAGCUGUCGUCUUUGUCUCUCUGAAGCGAGGGAUCUAUUAAAGAAGGGUGUCCUUUCAAAGUUAAAGCUAAAUAGCUGACUAAAGGGCCGUUCCUGUCAUCCCGCUUCUCUUCACAGGGCCUCCAUCGUCCUCUGUGUAUGCCUGUUUCUCGCCUCCGCUUCCUCUGAUACGCUGUGCUGCUUCACCGGUGCUCCAACACACCCACACUGUCACAUUCACUCACUGUCUCUCUCCCUCUCUCUCUCUCUCUCUCUCUUUCACGCACUUUUUCUCUAUCCAGGAGGAGCAGAACAGAGGAAAGCCAAACUGGGAACACCUAAACGAAGACCUUCAUGUCCUGAUCACAGUGGAGGACUCACAGGCCAGAGCAGAGAUCAAGAUGAGGAGAGCAGUGGAGGAGGUGAAGAAGCUCCUCGUACCUGCUGUGAGUACAUACAACGCAUAAGCUCGUAUACACUCAGCACACACACCGUGGGGGCUGCCUGUGGCCUGAUUAGCUUUUUAAUGCUCCCAACACAGUACUUUGUGCUUCUAAGGAAGUUGACACAAAGGACACUGUGUGUUUUGCUCUGAUUUAGUGCUGAGAGAAGCCUUUCCAGGCUCAACAAACUCAGUCCAAACAACAGGAUGAUGGGGCUGCAUAUGGCUCAUCACCUCUUGCCUACUGUUAGCAUCCUGUUUACUUCCAUAUAUAGACUAGGGGAACAGGUUGGCCGUGCCCCCAGCAGAGUGGAAAAAACAUAGCUAGCAGCUCCUCCUGUGACUGCAACACUUCACCUCCGCCUCCCCUCUGCCUAAACUUCCUCACACACUGAGCCGCCGGUGAGGUCUGCUGGUACUUUGGCAUGCGUUGUGCAUUUUUUUUCGCUGUUGACUGUGAUGACCAGGUGGACACGGCAGCUGAAGGCCCCGGUUUGCCAUCAUGUGGGAGCACACUGGGCUUGGUGGUUUGCAGAAACGCAGCCAGCUAAUAUCAGGCAAGCAACCAUAUCAGAGAUGCAGGGUUUCUUGAAUAGCAAUUUUAUCUCUGCGCUUUCCUGAACGCACUUUGUAUCAUUAUACAGAGUUUUGUUUUUAUGGCUGUUUUUUACUUCAGGAAAAACAAAUGCUCUUGGGAAGAUGUUGGCUCUACUAAUAGAUGCAUUACAACUUUAUAUUUGUAGUAGAUUGUAUCUAUGUAGAGGGAAAGCAACACUACAAAAAGUGCCCCCUUCCUGUUGUAUACAGAUAUGCACCUAUACUAGAUAAGACAACAGAAAAAAACUGGUCAGAGACUGUAUUUGACAACCUGGCCAUGACAACUUCAUAUGGCUGUAUCCUGGAAUUUGAACUGCAAGUUUUUGCACAGCUUAUCUCAACUUAGCCAGUUGUUGAUGAAAGAUCUGGCACAAAAGGUGCCUCCAUGUCAAGGUCUACUGUCUACAACAAUCUGUCCUCCCUGUCUGUCUCCGCCGGGCCUCAGCUCAGCUCAGCUCAGCCUGACAAUGUGGAAACACUUCAAUUCAUGUCCUCUUGUUGAAAAUGGCUCUCCUUUAUUCAGCCCGCCUGUCACUUCUUCAGGCACUUGUUUUGUUUCUGAGUGUUUCAGAUCUCCACAGCCUGUAUGUACACACACCGAGGAUGUUGACACACUUACACAUGCCCGCACACACACACACAGACAAAAACACACACACGCACACCAAAAAAAAAAACACAUGAGGAUAAAGCCAUCUCUGGAAGCGCCAGUGUUUUGAAGAGUGAUGUAGAAUGAGUCACUGUUAACACACACGUGUAGACACACACAACUAAACCUCUUCUGGGCGUCCUUUUAAGUCAAUGACAGCUCUCGGCAUCCAGCUCUCAUCUGAAUGGAGUGCCACAAAAAUAGCUUCAUCACUUUUUGAGAAAUCUCAGUGCUUUUUCGCAGCCUGACAAGAGCAUUAAAGAUGGUCUGGUGAAUCAGUACCUGAACCAUUUAUGGGGUUAAGGAGAAGAAGCUCCUUUAUUACUCAAACAGAAGAAAGCACUUAUGAGCUCUUUUGAGACACUAAUGAAAUCUUGCUCAUAAAAAGUUUCUCUCUUCCCCUAAUUCAAGUACGACUUUUAUAGAGCUAAUUAAUGACCCAUUGCAGUACACCAGAGGCCAUUUUUCCUUCAAGCAAGGCAUCUUUGUUCAUUUUAAUGUAAUGAAAAGAUCCCUCCAUUAGAUAGACGGCUGUUUUUCUGUGUAUAAAUGUUUUCAUGAUUGAGGCGAAAUGUCCCUAUCUUGCUUCUUAGUAUGAAUAUUUUCUCCAGAGUGUUUUCAGUUGUAAUUUGUUUUGAAACAUAUUUUGCAUCUUGCGUCAAUAAGUCAUUAAUUUGUUCUGCCUUUUCAACCUACGUCCAUUAGAGGCCCAACUGGUAAUGCACUUCACCUCAAAGGCCUGACACCAGCCUUCAGGAUGACAAAUUUAAAUGUCAAUAGAAGUGACGUAGUUUAAGUACGGCACAACUUUAGCUGCUGUCCUAACCCGUAAUGUUUGGUUGGUGCAUCAUCUACCCAUGAGCAUCUCAAAGGUCUUCUUUCCUGUUAUUGAGUGGAUGUACAUAAAAGCGUGUCAUGAGUGGGUGGGCAGUGGGGUUGGUUGGCAGUUAUGGCCUUUAUCAUGCUAAACUAGACGGGAUUAAAGUGUGGACACGGUGGUUAUGCAAUGUUCUAAUGAAGGGCAUCUUUUCCACAUUUGGUAGCGUAAAAUCGUCUCUAUUAAAUCACACUGGGUACAAAAUGAGGUCAUGCUUUUUAUUCCCUUUCAAGGACCAGGCUCUACUUGUCAUUGUGGAGGCCCAGCUGCAGAACUGAAACAAAAAGAGAGGAUAGAGUGCUUACCAGAGGCUUGUUUGGUCUGCAAACCUGGUGUCAAAUCAAAGAUAAAGGCUGGAUAAUGAUAGUUUUGCUUUUUAAUAAUCUCAUAACUGCCUCACAGUGGAUUAGGAGCCAGGAUUUCUGGCAUUAAAAACACUUGUAACUAGCAAAGCUGAGCAUAGAGUGACACACCAGUCAGGCUCAUCUUGUUUAUGAUGUGAUGAGAAUAUUGUAGCAUUUGCAGAAUGUCGUUUGACAGAUAUGUUUUCAGUUUUCAUUCAAAGAAGUGUUUGAAUAAAAAAUAAAUCUACAUUUACAAGAAAAAAAAAUCACUUUUAAGACUUUGUCCUGAUAAAGACUCAGCUGAAAUGCAUAGACAUACCUUAUCCCUGCCUAUUCAAGGAUUUUGUUUUUCUACCUUAGAUAUUAUUUAAUAAUCAUCUUGACAGAUAAUUUUUUUGUUUUGUAUCUUGAUCUUUUGUCCCUUACCAUAGGAGAGCAUCUACUGACUUUUAUUUUUUCAUUUCCUGACCCAGUGCAGAACUCACCUCUUUCUACCAACAAUGUCCACUCAAACUGUAGACAUUUUUAAAGCACUCAAAGAUAAACAGAGUGGCUCUUAUUGUGAAGGCCGUGCGUAUGCUGUAGAUACAUUUUUUCCACUUCUGGAUCCGUCAACAUGUCAUUUGGCAAAGAAGGUUUCAACUGUUCUGUCACACUCUUGUCAACAGCUGCUACUUACUAAAAAUUGAUUGACGGAUAAAAGAGGGCUCUAGCGAGUUGUGCUACAGGUUCACAUUCGUGCCCUUUUGCCCUUCGUGGAGCUCUUUCGCUCUCUUUUUCUGUGAACUCCUCAACUCUCUAUGAACUGGGAGCAGGGGAAACAUCGGUGAGAUCAGAGAGACAGAGGGAGAGAUGGGUGGGAGAGCUUGAUUGAGCCACUCUUUCAAGUGUGGAUUUACUCUCCUGAUCCUGCCUGCUACACACUUCACCUAGCACAUACACAUGGAGAUGCAUGCCCAGAAAAAUACUACCACAUGCAAACACACACACCAGCUGACUAAAAUACUCUGUUCAUCCCUUGAGUCCUGGGUUGGGUCCUCAUAUAGAGACUGCAGCAGAGCCCCACUGCACUUUAGGUAACCCCCACACAGAUGCUCUCAGAGUUGUAUGCAUAAACCCUGAAUGGUCAAUUUUCUCUCACUUUACUGCCCCUGGAAGACCCGGAGAGGAAUAGUAAUCGACUCAGCAGGCCAGUACUGUCCUCUGACUCAUACCGGUCUCAAAAUAAAUGACAUCCAGAAAAAUCACUGAUGUGCCUUUGCUCUUGUUUCAACAAGUCAUACCUUUACCUGUUGGUUUUGGCAUGUAUAUGCUGAGUCCUAGCUAAAUAUAGUCGGCUAAAGCGGCAGUAAUGAAGUUGUCACCUGCUUUGACCUUUCCUUUUUCACUUAGUCAAAGCCUUUGUACAAAACAAAGCAUGUGAUUCAGUCACAUUUUACUGUAAGCUACACUGUAAAAAUCACAGCUAGAUUCAAGUUGUCAAUGUAAGCAGUGUUAAGCUGGAAAACAAUUCCAGUGUAGCAGCCCAUCUUCUCUUAAAAAUGAACAUAUUUACUCUGUAUUCAAAUCAGCCAUGUCUACAGGAUCUGUAGUCCAGUGUAAAGUCUGCUGUUUCCUGUCUUGUGAAUAUUGUUGGACCUACAGGGACUAACAUAGUGAUCAAAUCACUUAUUUAUUAUCAUUUCAAAAAAGAGAAAAAAGAGAUGAGAUUUGUUAGGGGACCGUCCUCCACAUUGUGGCAGAUUCUAAAGUAUUACCUUGCUAUUUACACUCUGCGAGAUUGUCUGACAAAAGGGACUUUUGACAAUGUUAUCUUCACUGCUCUACAUUUGAUACAGCUCGCUGAAGGCAGACACUCGCCUCGAGGUACCUACAGUACAUUAAGGGAGGUAGCAGGCUAGCCUUGAAUCUCAUUGCACACACACAGACUGAUAAAGAACCCCAGAAGCAGAAAAGGUUAGGUAAGAAUGGAGCACACUGCACACAGAGAAAAGAAGGAGCUGGCUGGCACAGUGGCACUUUGGCCCUGGAGAACCGAGUGCAUGUCUCCUUGAAUGAAACAGUCAUUGCCGAGAACAAAGUGUUGAUGGUAGCAGCCGGAGCAGACCAGCGGCCUCGAGCCCUUCUCUCCAUUUGCACACUCUGAGAACCCUACCCUGCUCUCUCGCUCCGGUUUACUGCUCCCUCUUGUGCCCCAUCUCUCCACUUCCCCCUUCCUCCUUUCAUGCCCCUUUCACAAAGUUCUAUUUUUGGUAUCUUUUUUUAUACUUCUGUAGCUUUACUCUUUGUUAUGAAAAUAGGAGAUGAUUUAAUUGCUCCAAGUUUUCAUUUUAAUAAACUACCUUGGCAGUAGACAGCGGAGUGAGAACUCUCCAAUCCGUUUCCAUGUUUGGCACACCAGACACAUCAUAGUCAUCCCAGGCUAAGAGUAAGUUUCUCUUUUAGGCAAACCUGCAAGCCAACCCUUUUGUUGGUAUCCCUGUCUUUUGCUCUCUUGUGCCUUCUGUUUCUCCUCAUCUCCCUCAUUUUUCUCUCCUCUUCUCUCUCUGCUAUGGACCUCCUCUGAGAAAGAACAUACAGUAAAUUGUGUUUUUUUAAAAGCCAGACAGAUGGACCUUAAUGGACGCCAAGUUAGGCAAUCGGCAGGGUGUUGUGUCUGUACUCGCCAGUAUGCAUCCGGCUUGGCAGAGAGCUACAAUGGCAGCACCAUCGGAGCCACUCAGACAGGAAAGGCACACAGAGUAGAUGAUGCAGAACAAGCAGAGCUACAUUUAAACAGUGCAAGUCUUUUUCGAGGCUGCCGUGCACUGACGAUGCAAUCAUUAAACACCUUUUUUUUGUUUUCUUUCUCUCUUUCUUGCUCACUCUCCCCCAUCCUCUCUCUCUCUCUCUCUCUGUCACCAGCGUCUGACAAAUGAGUACAAAACACCAUCUGGCUGCAUCCAUCCAUGUGUGCCUCUCCAAUUAAUGAUGUUUAUUCUCUGUUAGUUCUACCUAUCACUACCAUUCUCCUCUUAUUUACUCUUAAUCUCCACCACCUUCACAACCAACAUCACAUCAUGCAUGAUUUACAGCCAUAUCUACAAGAUCAUAAACUCAUAUUUCUCAUUUAGCCUCAUUUAUCAGCUCGGACCGCGACUUUUAACAAUACUCAUCGCAGAUUAUAUUAGCAAUGUGUAUUAAUAAUUUGUUUCUCAGACUCCUUUUAAUGGCAAUGCCUCUUUCUGACCUACAUAAGAGAAAUAGACCAUCAGCAGCAAUAUUGUCUAUUUUACAUUUUUAAUCAUGCCUCAAACCACGGCUAGAGGCGUAGUACAUGAAAUUAAGCUUCGUCAGAAUUUCAAGGAUGUACUGUAUGUCUGUCUUGUGUGCCGCUCUCUCUCUCUCUCUUAAAAAAAAAGAAUAAAAAGUCAGUGUGGAUGAACCAUGGAUGACCCCUCUUCCAGAUCAUCAUUCAACAGAAUUAGUGAUCGAAAGCUACGACUUUGCUGUGGUUGCUCUUUGGUGAAACUAGAUUUGUGCCAUCAUUCCCAAACCAUAUUGUUAUUUAGGGAUGGGCGAUGAAUUAUUGUUCAUGAUAUAUUGUCAGAAAAUUCCUUCAUGAUAAAUAUUUGCCAUCUCAUGAUAAAUACGAUAAAUGCAAGUUGAUGAGGUAAGCGUAAGCGAUGGACUUGCAGCCGUAGCCCACACAGAGCAGAAUAACAAACAAACAUGACCUAGGGCAGUGAAGAAGACAUUUCUGAGCAGCUCUUUACUGAACGAGGCUCCACAUGAGGGUUCUUAUUCAAGAUUGGGGCCUGACAUUGGACAGUGGAUCUGCAAGUCACGUACACGGACUCUCACAUGGCACAAAAUAAGACAUUAGAUGAUUUUUUCAUCCCACAUUUUGUACAUUUGUGUUCAUGUAAAUGUGAUAAAUGACUAAAGUGGCUGUUGUGUCUCUCUGCCAGUAUGCUCAAGUAGGCUUCGAGGAGUUUCAGGCUGGCAGUAGGUAGAUACUUUUAGUCAACCUGGCAGCCUCUUUGUCCCUGUAGGCUGUUAUUACCUUCAUCAGGCUAAUGAAGGAGCUGGAUUGGAUCAUAUUAACCUCCUGAUCUCCACCUCCCAGGACACCACAGUUACAACAGGCUGGACUGCACUCUUCACUGCUCUCAUUAUAUAUAUAUGUGUGUGUGUGUGUGAGCCCAUCCCAUCCGCACGUAGACACUGCAUCUCCCAUAUGAAUGUUAAUCAUCUUUUUAAUUGGCUUCCUUGACUUGGUGACCUCUGCUUGAGACUGCAUCACUGUGCUCCUCCCUUACUGCUGUUAUGUUUUCUUACUCUGCCGUGUGUGUGUGUGUUAGAGUGUGUUAAUCUCUUUGUGUAGUCCACACAUUUCAGACUGCAGGGAUUGGCCUGGAAGUUGCGGGACCUUUGACUCCCAACUAUCCUCUUGUUUGCCACUUUCAUUAUUAUCCAUCUUCUCAUUCUUGGACCUUUGUACUCAUCAGUGCAGCCUUUUGCUUCGCGUGUGCCCCGCUAAUACCCUUUAGACAGGUACUUCACAGAGACCUACUGAAACCCUGUAACAGGAGAGCAAACCCUCAAACUGUAAGAUGUAUAAAUCACCUCUGAUUAAUGAUCUGAUGGUGAUAAGAGGGUAAUUGGAAUUGACCUCUUUAACCAUUUUACCACAACAAACAGACAUGUCUAUUCUGAUGCCGAUAAUGAUUCCCACUGUGUGUCAUUUGAAUGCCUAGCAUGUUAGAAAUGACCACAACUGUUUUUGACUGAUUUUACUUGUGCACAUGCUCAGACAUUGAAGCAUUCUCUGCCUGUUUUUUUUUUUUUUUUUGUCCAGACCAUCUUAAUGACAAAAGUGAUUGCCAAUCUUGGUCCCAGUAGCCCCUCCCCAAACUGCACUCCAGACACCAAAACAACAAUGAAAAGUUUUAGUCCUUUGGCCCAAACGUUGGCAUUAAUUUCAAACACCUGAAAGCAAGCUCAGACAAGACACAGACUGCCGUCCCCGUGAGGCCUGGGUUGAAAAUAAACACACAUGCAAGCAGUCACUUCACACACAAGACCCGCACAUGGAAACAAAUGAUUAUUGGCAGGGGAAGCUGGGAGCUAUUUUUUACCUGGGCCCUCCCUCUGUACCUCCAAGAGAGGAAUAGAGGACAAAGGAGGCUAUUUUUGUAUUUACCAGGUCAGAGAUGGGCAAGAAGGGAAACCACCAGAGGACUUUUUUAUUUUUGCCGAGUCAUGUUUGAAGAGCUGGUUGAUGGGAUUUGAUGGUAUGCUUGGUUUGUAAGUUUACCUUUCCCUAGCUUAAAAUAACAGAACAGAAAAACACAAACCUACUAUUGCUCUGUAUAGCUGUGGUAAAUGAAGGUAUUUAAAACAUCAGUUCAUGAUGCAGAGUUGGACAUCUCUCUAACUUUUAGACUACCUGACUUUCUUCCACCUCUGUUUUUAUGUUGUUUUCUCUCUCUCUUCUCUCUCUCUCUCCCUCUCUCUCCUCUCUCUUUCUCUCACUCUCUGUCGAUGGUUGAGGAAACAAAUCAUUUGCCACUCUCUUCCAUGAUUUUUAUCUGCUGUUGCCUGAAGGCCACCACAUCCUGUUAACACCAGGUUACAAACCACACGACAGGCUGGAGCUGUCAGUGCCAGUCACAGAAAAACAAAGAAAAAAAACCAUAGCAUAGUUACUGAUGCUUUAUGAAACCACAAUUAUCUACAGAUUUCUCAGGACGAACAAGCCAGAAAAAUCUACCAUUCUAACUGAUUUUUGACAAGAUUUUACUGAUUUCUUCUUAGUUUUUUGUUGCUGCAUGACACAAGGUAACUAUUAAGCUUCUUUUCAUGUGUGCCAAGCCCCUCCAGUCAGCUUAAACCCGACAGGAAGGGCUUGUUCUGGUCUGGGCCCAAGGGCUCCUCCCCUGCCAUCACUACCACCUGAAACUCCAUCUGCCCAUUCCUCCUCAUCUCCUGCUCUGCAGCACUCCUGAGGGGCAGACAGGUGGUUGUAGCCCUAAAGAUGCAGUACCCCUGCAGGGAACAACCUGCCUGAGCCUGGCCACCUUUCCCGGUCUUGUCCUCCUCCUGUUUUUAAUUUCCUGGUACUAUAAAUGAGAGGCAGGCAGAAAUCUUCAGCAAAUCUCAGUCCGGGGGAAAGAAAUCACCCCUACAUGAUUCCCUAUAUGUUGCUAAAACCACUUAUAGAAAAGCCCAGAAAGGACAGCAGUGAUGUUGAUUUAUGUUAUUUUUCAAUUAGAAUUAAUAGACUUGUGUGUGUACCGACGUAAGCAUCUUCCCUGGGGUGGAUCCAUACUAAGCUCAUUAGUUUCAGAAAUAUGAUAUCACACAUAAGACACAAUGAGACUUUGAAUUCCUUUCUGCUUGCUACUCCAGUUUUCAUCACCAGUCUGGUCUCGGGGCGAGCUGCAGGAAAUGUUGUCAACCUCAAAGCAGGGGGAAAAAUUCUGAUUGCAUACAUCAUCUCCUUUCUCACUUUUCCCUCCAUUGUUUUGUUUCCCUGUCAUUCAGAUGUCAGAUGUGGUGAACUUAGAUAAAAGCGAGACACAGUUGCGUAAGAGUUGUUUGAAUUUUACAGAAGUUUAAUCAUAAAACCUGGUCAACACCUUUUACAAAGAAAACAUCUUAACUAGUUGAAUGAGGCCCAAAAGUCACACAAGUGUAAAAGACUUGCUACUUCAGGUUUGAAACUCGACACCCCCUUAACCUGAGUGCAGUCUCACCUCUUUUAGCGCUUUCUCCUUUACACUCUUGAGAUCCUCUUUCACUUAUUACACCUUGAAACAUCACCCUGUUGCUAAUCCAUCUCUUUCAUUUUUCCCUCUGAGGAAAGGAGUCCUGUUUCUCCUCCUGUCUCGUUCAUUUAGAUCUUUAAGUCAGCCAAGGUCCCCGGUGAAGGCGCAUUUUAUGUACACAAGCCCUCUGCACCACUCUCGAAAUUGCCUUACCCACUUGUACUGUCCUUUUAAUUUCACCUCACACACAUAUACACAUGCACCCCGGUCCCAAACCACCCAGGUCUCUCACAUCAUUGCAGAAUAACCUCCUUCCUAAUCCACCUGGUUGCACUAGGCUCCUCCGGGAGGGGGGAGGGGAAGGGUGUUUCAAGUGUCCUAAUACAGAACGCAGAAAGAGGGGGCGGUAACAAGGCGGGCUGAGAGGCCCGGGCUGUUUUAAUCUGCCCUGGUUCCUCCAGUGGGAGAGGAGAGGGACCCUGCGAGCCCCGAGCCAAUCUCUCUGCCUCUCUUUGAAGGUCCCCUUAAUCCCUUCACAUAGAAGCAGAGAAAUACAGAAAUGUGUGUCUGUAUGGAUGUUUUCAUGGGUGCAUAUGCCUGAGGGGCCCCAUUGUUGGACCCCAUAUCUCCAUACGUCCAAUGUUGAUUGAGGCUUGAGCCCACUGUCUCCCUCGCCUUGACUCUCUACACUCCACUAUACUAUAUAUUGUCCAUUUCCGGUGGUUGCUGAACUUCCUCGGGGGUCUAACCAGGGCCAAGCCUGAACAUCUGCAAAGUGGGAACACAUACACGCACACGCACACACACUUGCUCUUUCAUCUCUGCCUCCCUUGUGACCGCGUGUCCCAGUGUUUAGGAAGGGAAAAUAGGAUUGUGUGGAGCUCAGCGUUUAGAGAGCCCAAAGGCCGCCCAUCAAAUUCAGCUCCUACAGUGUGAUGACUCGUUUUGCUAGCCCCCCUCUCAAGUCAUUUCAGACUCCAUUCUCUCAGCCCCACCAGCCAAUCCUAGACUGAUGGCUUUCUUUGUCUCCCCUCAAUGUGUAUCGAGUGUUGAAUUCAUCUCACUUGGGUUCACUUGCCUUGCCUAUCAGUUGGCAUCUCUUCUCGUUUGCACCAUCUCUGUUUUUAGCAGCUCCUCUCGAUUUCCACUUGAUUUCUACUGAGCUAACUGUUUUUUUCCUAAAGUGGAACUUUGGUUGUGUUUAGUAGGGCACAGCAAAACUAAAACCCAAGCAUCUCUUUCCUCUUUUUUUUUAUUUUUUACAGGUCUGAAAGCUUUAUCGAAAUCCCAUCUUGGCAGAGAAGGCAUGUAACAUCUGCAUCAGUAUAAUCAGAGAUGGAUGUUUUCAUGGGUGCAUAUGCCUGGAUGUGAAUAAUGUGAAUAUAUAUAUUGAGGCAUGUCGACUAAAUCAAGGAUUAAACUUUGCAGCUAGUUCAAACUUGUGUCCGUGGGCUGCCUGCAUAUGUCCAGGUAGCUCCAUCCAGAGUUUUCCCACAUUUGAAUCUUACAGGAGGUUCUUAGAUCCCUGUUUUAUGAGAAGGUUCCAGCGAUCAGCCUGGAGUCAGGAUCUCUGAAUGAUGCAAAUCCCCCAGCAGUAUUUAAAGCUCCCAAAUCAUCCCCGGCCAAAUCCCUUCAAGAUAUUCCCUGCUCGAUUGGAUGGCAUUAAAGGAUCGCAGGGACAGAACAAUACGGCGUCUGGCAGCCCUGUGGAUUGAGGGAUAAAGAGAUGGGUGGAGGAAGAGGGAAGAAGGAGAAGUGAUAUAAAAGUGGAUGCAUAAGGUGGCAGUUGAAGGUGCAGAUUGAGAACAUGGGCUAGAAGAACAGAAAAAAAGAGAGACUUUUGUUGAAAGAGUAGAUGAUGACGGAGAGAAGGACCAGCUGUUUUUCCAGCAGAGGAACAUGGUUUUACCAAGCGAUCCCUCCAGCUUUGUGCUGCAGACAUCAUGUGUUUAUCAAAGCUGCUGCAGGCCAGCAAACAUUAAUAACACAUCUACAUCUUGAUGUUAAAAUCUGUGUUUAUAUUUUUUAGGUUAUUUAUACAAAGUUUAAUCCGCUCUUAAUGCCGUUAUGUUAUGCUGAAAACCAGCCCAGUUUCUGUGGAUAAACAAGAUCGCUAAGAAUUUCCACACUGCUUUUUCUUCCUUUUGCAAUUGGAAAUGAGGUGAAGCUUUUUUCUUUUUUAUCUCUUUCAAUUAUAGAAAGUGCAGCGAGCUUGUUGGAAAACAUUCUCCUUCCCGUUUUCUUUUCAUCUUCUCUCUCCUGUUGUUGGCACUGACUCUGUGAACGUGUGUGUCAGCUAAUAUUGAUGGAAGAAGCACAGAACACCAAGGCUGCCCACUUCCUUCUUCUUCGAGACAAUAAAAGGCUCUUUUAAUCCACAUAGAUCCUAGAGUCAGUCCCAAUGCCGGAGCUCAGUCUGUGUCGACCACCCAUUUUAACUCUGCACGUUAUGGAUAACACUGAGGAAUAGAAGUAGAACUUUGGCACUCGGGAGCCCUCAGACACAGAGAGUGAAGAAUGAAGAGAAGACUCAGUUCCCGACUUUGUAAUGUGCCACUUUCAACUGUACCUCGGUAAGCUGGGUGAUUGACAGUAAUGGGGCGGAGCAGCAGUGAUGUGUUUGUAAUAAUCUGACUGGAGUCAGGUUCACUUCUAUGCUAAUGAGCAAGUGUGUUGGUGGUUUAGCAUGACUAAUGGUGCACAUCGCUAACAGAGCUGUCUGGGAGCGCGGAAGGGGAGCAGAGGAGUAAAGGAGAAAUAAAGAGGCUUUACCGGAGUGUUGUGAAGGUAUAAGACAGUCAGAGAGGAGAGUUGCCGGAGAUUGCGUUGUUAAGUCUCCGCGGUAAAAGCGAAAUACAGUUGAGGCCUGAUUCCCCUGGCAGAUACGUUCACAAAAGCUGAGGAGCAAAGCACAGGAGAGAAGAUUGCCUUUGAGAAAGCAUCAGUGAAUUUGAUAAAGAACAUGAAGCUCUAACUCCAUCUCACUCUUUAGAGGAAAGGGAGAAGGUCACGUGUUUGUGAAGCUUGUUAUUCCUUUUCUUUUUGGUUGAUUGAUACUUGCUUUUGAAAAGGAUUGACGUUGACUAAUACAUUGUACUGUAUUUUACAUCAUGUAUGCAUUUUCUCUUCUCUUGACUUGAUAUAGAUGCAUGUUCUUCCAUAGUAGAGAGGAGCUGUGUGUUUAAUGUUGGGGAUUUUAGGUUUCACUGGAGUCGCUGUUUGACUUACAGUCCAGACCAUGAAAACAUGGGAAUCAGUUUUGCUGAGAACACAGUAUGUUUUCAUUUCCCAACUCAAUCCGACAUCCAAGUUUGCUUUAGUUGCCUUGAAUUGAUUAAACUUUCUUGUCACUUAUUUAUUUAGUGUGGAGAUGUUUUCAAGCUCGCUACAAGUACUCAUUCCUUCCUCUCCUCCAACCGUCCGCUUCUGGAGAGUGUGGAAUUGUUGAUAAGUCGACUUGGCAGCAUGGCAAGAGUAAUCAUUUUCCCCCAGAUGUUGGAGUUUUGGAAGGAACGGAAAAGGGAGGUGGGAGAAGGAGGGGAGUGAGAGAAAAACCAGCUGCCACCACUACUAGAUCCACCCCUCUACAUGAAGUCAUCUACUCCCCCCUUCUCCGAGGCUCCCCAAACCAACGCCCCCCAUAAACUCCGCUAAACUCACCCUCCUCCCUCCUUCUCAGCUCUACACAUUCAGCCUCUUUCUGUAUCCCAGGAGGCAGCUGGGGCAGGCUGUGUUUACUGCUGAGGUAAUUGGAGUAGUUUGGAGAGAUCCUGACCCCGGCCCAGCAACGGCCUGAGUUAUAUAUGUGUGGUUGUGAGUGUACAGGCUUGGUGCAUACGUCUGUUUGUGAUGACUGGCAGUGAGGCCAGAGCAGGAAAGCAGGCGGUGUCGGCCCACUAGGGAACAGACAAAUUGGUUUUCACUACACUGUCUGUCUGUCUUUUCUUGUUUCAUAUUCUCCGGCUACCCCUCUUCUUCUUCUUCCUGCAUAUCUCUCCAUCUCUCCACCAACUCAAAGACAAUCAUUCACGCUUUCUCUUGCUCUUGCUCCGCAGCACUUUUUUCCCUCCUUUUGUUCCACCUCUCUUUUCAUCUAUCUUUCACUGCUCAUCAUUUCAUCUCUCCCGGCACAUAAGCUGCAUAGACAGUAACUCCUGCCAGAUAUGAGCAAAAACUCCCCGUCAGUCGCGGCCAAAGACAUGAGCAAAUUCAUCCAACCUAAUCCAGGCGCCUGUUGUGUUUAUCUCUGGGUGAAAUGGAUGUAAAAGGGUCUUGUGCUGGGGUGUAAGGGCGGGGAGUGAAGCUGUAGCCCUCACCGGUUGCGUUCGUGUGCACUUACAUCAUUUAGCAUUUAGCAUUAGCUCGAUUGUGUGUCGCAAUUGGCAUUAGCUGCAGUUUGUAUUUACCAACAUAUGAACAGACGCUUCAGUCAGGAGAGAGGCGCAAAAAAGUGAAGCAUGACAGUGAUUUAGUAUGCAUCGAGUGACCUCAUCGCAGGGUUGUCAGGUAGUGGCAGUGGGACACGGCUCACCUACUUUAGCUCACCGCACCCCUCACACCGCCCUCCCCCUUCUCUCCCUUCCCUCAUCCCCUCCGUCUUGCUCCUCCCUGAUAGCUUUUCCCGCUCUGCUGAUUUCACAAAUAGGCCUCAUUGAUUGAAUCUGAUUCUUCUGGAUAGAGCAGCUUUAUUGAGUGGCUUUCCCCCUGAUGGACAGGAGUGUGCAAGGGGUGUGUGUUUGUUACACGCACGCAUGCUUGCAUGUUAGCGAUGAUAACGAAAAACUUCCUCCCCUCAUCCCUCUCAUUCUAUAAUCCAGCAGCUAUUCCUCUCCCGGGAAUUCCCCCUCAGCAAGAUCAUUACAGACACGCACAUGCUGCCGGCUUACACACAGGGUCCUAGAAGUGGCUGAAUCCGAGUGAAUGUUUUAUCAUAGGGGGCUGCAUGCUGACUGAGGAGUCUGUUAAUGCAGCGACACCUUUAGCAAGGAAACAUUAAAGUGUUAACUGCUCUCACUGGCAGUGUUCAUCAAAGAUUCAUAUGAGCUGUGCAUCUGUGGCGAGGAGCUGGCCCAGGACACACAGGGGGGCUCCUCACACUCCACUCCAGAGAUUUGUCUCAAACAUUAUGUUUUGGUUUCUUCUCAUCUCACAGCUCCCGUCUGCAGCCAUUUUGGAUCUGCCAUUUUUCUUAUGGUGCGUCUGAAACACUGCCAACGUUUCCCAGACGCCGACAGAAAAAUGUAGGGGAAGUUUGCAGCAGGGAAUUUGUAUCUUGAUGCGGGAAAAUUGGCUUAUUUCAGAUGCAAAACAGAAAUAAUCUGUUGGGGUUUGGACGCUUUAGCUAACAAACUGUGUUAGUGAGAAGAUGGAGCUAUAUCAGCACCCCUCCGCUGGGGAUACACACAUUUCACACACAGCAGCGCACACCUCAUCCUAGCUGCAGCAUCUGUGCUCUUCCCCUCUCACUGCCCUCUAUUUCUGUCUCCCUCCUCUCAGCAGGCAGCGUGCCACCUAUGCAGAGUUGGAUGGAUGGUGGCACCACUCUUGCCCUGCACACAUUUAACCCCCCCAACCCAACAUAUCCAUCAUCAUACAACUCACACAAACACACAUACGCAGCCGUGACAUCAUUUCUCAGCAUGCAGUUGUCCUGCAAUGCAGCCUGCUGUGAAGCAACCCCACUUGUACUCUUUCACACAGACACAUCAACCCACCUCUGACAGCCGUAAAUGUGCUCAUUAUUUUGUUUGAUUUUUAGAGUGUAUUUUUACGGUGCCACAAAAACACAAAAGAUCUGUGUCGCUCCAGCUGACACUUACUCUGCAGGGAUAUACCGUCCUCAGUAAAGGGAUUGAUUCUAGGAAAAUAAGGGUAGGAGACCGCAGCCUCACGUGUGGAAGGGGAAAAGCUUGUGUCAAGUGUGAUUUCAGUCGUGUGACUCAUGUUUGAGCAGCUUUCCAUAAAAUGACAAAGGCAAAGACAAAUGUUCGAUUCAUUGUGGUUACAAAUGUGCAGCUUUGAAAGCCGAACACAUCGAGCCCCAUCCAUGAUUUGAAUCUGCUGAAGUUUUCUCUAGUCUUCUUUUCCUCUUCCUGCUUCUCUUUCCUUUGUUUCGCAAGUGUGUUUGGCCCACUUUCGAAGAACCACUGACGGAGUUUCAGAGGAGAUGAACACACUGCACAAAGAGGGAAUGAAAACAGCUGUUAUGAUUUGUGGAAGUCAUUGUAAAAAAUACUGGUUAGACUCGUCUGUGCUCUAUAUUUGAAAAGCUUGAAGAGGUGAAAGUCUAGAAGAGAAAAGCUGUAAAUAACAAAGGAGGAACACAGAGAAAAUAAUUCAGAGAUAACAAUGAGAGAUUCAUAAUGUUAUCUUUGCACCUUUGGAGGUGUAGUAGACAACUCUUUCAUGACUUGUUCAUUCAUGUGUGCUCAUGUUGACACAGUUCAUGCAACGUCUAAUUAGCAGUGAUUUUGUCUCUCCAUUUCGGAGGGUUGACUUGCCCAUAUUAGCAUGGCUGGCUAUUGACCUGGGCCAUGUUCAAUUAGCCUAGUCUGGUUAUAAUUGUUGACAUUGUGUGUCAAGUGGCCCUUUCCUCACAUCCAAAGCUGUUAGUGAGGGAACAAAGAAGAGGAGCGCUGUUCAGAACAUCUUCAGAAAUCAGCUUCAAAACAUUGAGAAAUGCACGACUCCUUUUUACUGUUUAUUUAAGAAGUUGUAUAAUCUUACAUUUAGUUGAAUACUAGACCUAACAGUUCACAAUACCAUGCAUAGGUGUAUAAAAUCUGCAUUGUUUAUGCUUUUCAGUGCUGUUUCAAGUAGGGCCCGACCGAUAUGGAUUUUUUGGGGCCGAUACAGGUUUUUUUUUUUUUUUUUUUUUUUUUUUUGAUUUUAUUUAAAAAAUUUAUGAAAAAAAUAUAUAUAUAGUGUCUGGAGACAUGCAGCUGCCUCAGUCUGAGAAGAAGCUCGAUCACGUAAUCUGUGCUGUUAUUUAUUCUACCGUUACUGGCACAGCUAACGGUGUGGCAAGGCUAAUAGCAGGUGGCUAGCUCUAACUUUAGCUUGCAUAUUACAUGGUGCUUCACCGUUAACUCCGCGUGACCGAGACCAGCACAGCGGGGAACAUCGUGAAGUGGGUUGAACUGAAACUUGUUGAUUUAUUGUGUAUUUCACAAACUGGUUUAUUUACCGUUGAGGCGGACCACUCUCCUCCGUGUGUCCCUGACCUGCCUGCUUCAGAUCCGUCACUCUGCUGUGCUGUGAGGUCGUUAGUGGAUGAAGAUUGUCAUGAGGUCGCUGCUCCAUCUACAGGAUAAGUCAGGGAACUUUUCAAAUGGCGGAACAUUUUCUGAGUGAAACCAAAUCUUAUUCUCCGCAUUUAUUCCUGAAAAUAUCGCCAAAAAUCGGCAAGAUUUGGCCGAUUACUGAUUAGUCUCAAACGGGCUAAAAUUGGCAGAUUGAAUCGGCUCGCUGAUAAAUCGGUUGGGCCCUAGUUUCAAGUUCCACCUUUUAAAUGCGUUGAUAAACAUCAUCGAUGCACUGAUCAUUUGUUUCCGUCCCAACAUGAGAGACUGUUGUAGCUUAAGAAAAUCAUCAUUUUUGCUGCUUCCAGCAUCCCCAUUAAAAGAAUAGCUAUGAAGUGCUGUGGAGGUAGUGAAGGAGAAAAAGCAGUGGAGAAAAUGUCCUUUGCUUGGUUAAUUGGCAGCUCUGUGGUACACUAAACAUUGCGAAGGCACACACACACUCACACACAGCUGAAUACUGUGACUGCUCUGAAGCCACUGCCUUAUAUUUAGUCAAGGGAGACCAGCCUCUGUCACUUUUUCUCUUGCUUAACCUCGCUCUUUCUCUUCCUCUCUCUGUGGCUGUGUUGAAGAGGAGUCUCAGGGGAGGGCUUAACUCUGAGCCCUCGUCCCUUUUUUUCCCUUUCUUUCUCUCUCCCUCACCAUGUCUUUCUUUCCUUAUCGUCCCCUGAAUAGAGCAGCAGACUGUUGUUAGACUGAGUCCAAGAGACACAGUCUAUGCACAGAUAGAAAAGAAAUGGAGAAGGUUCAGUAUCUGCCUUCCUGCUUUUAUUAUUACCUCCACAAAGAGGCUGGCCCGCUCUUCUCCGUGUGCACAGGAUGUGUUUACAUGCAGCUGCAGAGUGAAAGUACAUGAGCCACCUUUAUUUUAAUUUUUCUGUCCAUGCAGGGUAAACAGGUAUCAGAUCUAUUAUUUAGCAAUAAAAGGCAUAAAAUCAAUAGUUCACUCAAAGGGGGUCAAAGGUCAGCCGGCGUCACAUGCAUGUCUUAACAACCUUAACUGUGUGGAGAAUAAUUCACAUGCAGCGUGCUUGAAUUAUGAUGUACAACCUGGAAAAUCACAGGGGCUUUUGUGUUGUCAUGGUUAUUGAGUGUUCUGUAGCUUCAGGGGAAAUGGAGUUUAGGGGAGGAGUGGAGUGUGCAGAAAGGAAAGGGGGAAGAGAAUGGAUGGGUGUGCGUAGGAGGGGAGGGGGGUUGCUAUCUUAAUUGCUUUCCGUGAAUAAUUUCAGUCCCCUAAUUUGGCGAUAAUGACAGUGGCUGCGGCUUUUGUAUUUAUUUAUCCAAACAUUAAUUGACAGGACUGACAUUAGCCAGGGCGGUUAUUGCGCAUUUGAUUGCGCACAAGGGAGCAAAGAAAAUUACAGUAAUUAUCAUUCUGAUAUGGAUUAUGAAUAUGCAUUCCCACACUUAAUGUCUCUGUCAGCAUUUUAGGAGCAACAAGGCACUCUGCCAUGACAACAGCACUUUAGCUUAUCACCAUCUCUGUUCCUCUAAGCUUCGUCCAAGCAGUGCUUGUGGAGAACAGAUGACAUGUAGUGUCCAAAUGAUUUAGCUGCCCCAGUGUAGUUUCCUUUUUUUUUUUUUUUUACAACACCCAGGCAUGUUGUUAGGUGAAACAGUCGCUAUGUGGGUUGUUUCAAAUGGCCUAUAAAGGAGCCUCAGCUCGUGUGAAAUUAGCAUGCGAUGUGUUAUUGUGAAUGAACAUUAAAGUUUCUGUUUUCCACAGGCGGAGGGAGAAGACAAUUUGAAGAAGAUGCAGCUGAUGGAGCUAGCGAUACUCAAUGGGACGUACAGAGACAACAACAUCAAAACACGUAAGUGAGCUGCUACGAGCCCACAGACACUCUUAAAGCAGCCCAUCGAUUUUUUCCUACACCCAACUAACUUUAACACCACAGGCCACAUUAUAUCAUAGAAAUCUCAUUAUUUAAUUUUCCAUUAAUUAAUACUGUUUACCUCCAUUAGAUUAAAACCAGAACUCCUUUGUACAUAUCAUUUUAUAUCUGACAACUCGCAGGUUUCUCUCUGUUUCUGAAUCCCUCUGAACAAUUUCUGUUCACCUACCCAACCAUGAGUAGGACAACCUCCACCCUGUCCUGUUUUGUAUUUCUGUACUUCGUCCAUCCUUCCGUUCAUCCUCUUCCUUGCAGUACAGACGCGAUCCCUCUGUAUCACUUGCUCUUUGUCCACUUCCAGCACAUUGCUAAAUUUCACCUGCUAAACUCUGCAUGUUAGUCACAAGCGCAUACAUCUCCAACGUCUGAUCUUUAAUCAUUAAAUUGGAACAUUGAUUAAAUUCAAAGAUUGGGUACAUGAAUCCAUAUAAAGCCCAUUUUUCCUGUGUUUCAUAAUAGUCCUGAUCUUGGACUCUCUUGACCCUUGGUUCCACACUUCAUUAUCACUCAGAAUUUAAUUUAAACAUGGUCAUAUACUUGGGCUCACAUUGAUGAAAUGAAUUACAAAGGAAUUAAUCAACGUUAUUAACUUUCCCUGAAUAACAUCUGUUCAAAAUGGAAGCCGUGAUAAACUGGCCCAUCAUCUAACCGUAGUUUCAACAGCGCUUGAUUUAAUUGACCUGCCUUUGGGGAAGCUUGUGUGGCACGGCUCGCAGCACAUGCUAAUGCAGAACCACUUGAAAGAUGAUUUUUGUGUGUAAAAAUUAUACAUUUUCCAACUGAAAUGGAGGGCUGACUAUGUGGGGGACCAACACUUGUGAAAGACUUGGGUAUAAUAUUUUGUGAUCAGUAUUUGGUGAAACCUGCCCGACGUUCAUGAAGUGUCCGUCCCCUACAUGAAGUCAUCAGCUGCAUUUCUGUUGGCGUGUGUGUUUGUGUGUGUGCGUUAACAUCACCUGUGGCAUUUCCAGUAGAUGAAUGUGUAGCUGCCAUGGUGAUUUGUAUGCUUUGAAUGCAUUGGGAUGACAGCAGCAUUUUGUGCUUCUUGUGUUUUGGUGUGAGGGUUUUUAAUUUUGUUUGGCUAUGUUGACUUUUCCUUUGCAACAGAUUGUGGCUUUUGUGGUUCAACACCAUGAUCAUUGCAUGGACUAAUUUUCCCUUUUGCCCCCCCUUCUCUCUCCUUUGUACCUGCCACUUCCUGUUCCCUUCUCUUUUCCUGCUUUGUAUUUUCCUUCACCUACUGGUCAUCUGUGGUUAUGAUCAUUUACACCACACUUUGUCUGUGUCCUCUUUCUUUCUUUCUUCUCCUGUCCCUCGCUCUCUUGCUUAUGGCAGCUACCCUUGCAUUCUCUCUUGCAGCAGCGGCAGCAGCCGCUCAGGGCCCCCGCCUAAUAGCGGCCCCCACUGGUCAGGUGUUGCCUCCCCAGGCACUCCGGCCCCCAACACCAGCCGGGGCUCCCAUCAUGAACCUCAUCCGGCCCACUCAGAUGGCUGCCAUGCUGCCCAAUGGCACCCCCACCCUGGUGCCUCCCACACCGGAUGGCGGGCUCAUCUACACCACCCCUUACGAGUACCCAUACGCCCUGGCACCCACCUCCCUGCUGGAGUACCCCAUCGAGCACAGUGGGGUUCUAGGUAAGAGAGCCUGGGGAAGCAUGGGUGCGGCAGGUACAGCGGCCAACUUUAGCCAGCCUGGACAGGAGGGCAGCUUGUUUUACCCCGGAGCUGGGGUGCUGGACGCGGCCUCCAUGAGCCACAGUCAGGACUUGUUGAAAGGUAAAUAUGUCGUGUCCACCUGAGGAUCAAAAACAGACAAACUCAAAGAGUGGAUUUGCUGGGGAAGCUCUUGGUAAUGGGAUGACCAGCUAUGUGGCUCAUAUGGACACUGUAUUAAGAAGGCAAAGGGGGGACAUUACCUUGUGAGGGCUAGGCUCUUGGAAAGUUCUCUUUUAUGAUUUAGACGUCACUGUUUUAGACCCGCUCUCGCCAAAACAGUUCUGCUCUCAGGUUUACAUUGCCUCUUUUCUGCAAGGUUUAUAUAGGAGGACUUGGCUCAGUGUGAAAUGAGGCACGCCGGCAUAAAGACGCUCACAUACACGCAGCCUGCUCUCUAACCCUUUCAUGCACUGGCCUGGAGGCAUAUUCAGACUGGCGGCAGAUCCCCCCGGAUUUCUGCAGCUUUUGAAAUCAUUUCUCCGCGCUGCUCUCUGCAGGCGCGCCUUGAUGCCUGUAGAUAGUCCCUCUCUCACUCCCACUGGGGAUGUUCAUUAAAUUCCUCCAGUCUCCCCUUUUUCUCUCCUCCUUCCCCUCUCCCAAUUGUCUCAGCCUCACCCCUCUUGAACUCGAGCUCAGUGCUAAUACCUGACGUUCCUUUUUUUGUGUCAGGAGUACGGUUUCAUAUGAAGAUCUAUGUAUUCUAUCCAUUCUCACUGGUGCUUUACACUCAUCACAUCUGCUACCAAAGAGACAACUGAACAUGCAGUGAUGAAAUUAGACCAUCUCCUCAUGAUGGAUCGGAGGCCUGGUUAACAAAAGCAAUACUGUGUGUUAAAGCCAUGUUAGACAUAACAGGCCCCAGUUUGACCCAGUCCUCCUCCUUUAUUUUUGUCUGCAGCAUCAUCUGGCAGCAGCCGACACAGUGCAAUUUUAGCUGACCUGUGUUUUUUAGAUGCCUCUGGGAGUCAUGUGUAGAACAGACAGGGGCAGCUGACUGGCUUUUCUCUCUUUAACUUGCAGGGUUACACCAGCUUAGUGCAUUUUAUUUACUCACACUAUCGAUUGGUGCCUUCAGCAACACAGGGCCCUGUGGAACACACUCACUCGCGUACACACACACUCUGCACUCAGCUCAGCUGCCUGCGUCGUUGACUCUAGCCGCUGAGAAUAAGGAGAUGUCAGACCAUCUGCUACUUCAGAGCGGUGUAGGUGUCUUUGUCGACACGAGCCAAAACUUUCUCCUGACUUGACGACGCCAAAACAGAAAUCCAUGUCGCGCUUUAUUACGCACAUGUAAUUCACUUUGACCCCCUUCUCCUUGGAGACCUCGAUUCGUCGUUAUUAAUCCUUUAACAUGUUCCGUUCUUGAAAUACUUGAAAGUAUUGCGAUUCGCCAACAGCUAGUGUCAUGUAUUCCAGGCAGAGUCAAGCACCGCGGUAGGAAGAAAUCAGUUGUGACAAAUAUGGGAGCGAAAUGACAGCCUCUGCCGCCAGAGAACAGAUUGACCUGGAGAGAAAUUGUGAAGGAGAGAGAGAGUGAAAAUGAAAGAGAGAGGGAAAGGAAGAGGCAGGUGGUGUCUGGCACUAUUCAAUUACCAUCAGGGCUGUAUUGGAUUUCCCCUCCUUUCAAAAUAAAGAGACAAAUUUCUUUCAAUCCCCCCCUGGAUCCCAGAGGAAGAAUCACAUUAGUUUUCCAGACAGCCCAGGAGCCUUUACCCUUUACCCCCCCGCCCCCUUCAAAGAGUCCUCCGUAUAACUCUGAGCACUGUGGAAUUUUAUUACUUAAGUUAUGCAUUUUUUAAAUACCUAGUUAAACUCCAAAAAAGAUGGUUUAUUUUUUUUCUACUGCAUUUUUCUACAAGUGAAAAACAGAUAGGUGUGAUGUGUGUAUAUGUAUUAUAAUCUGUAUUAUGUUGCUAUUCUGUGUAUUGUUGUAUUAUCCAAGCAUUAUAAUGAUAAUGGAUAAAAUGUGAAUGUUAUUACUGUAAAAGAUGACUGUUUUCCCUUGUUCAAAGUGAAUGGUUUCUAACCUUGUGGACCUGUUACAAUCUAGGUGCAAUGGCUACUAAAGUGAGACGGCAUGACACGCGGGUCCAUCCUUACCAAAGGAUUGUGACCGCUGACAGAGGUCAGUUUAGUCUCCUAGCUACACUCUGCUAUUGACUGAUGAAUUUCAAUGAUUAUUAUGCCUAUUAUGCCUCGAUGCCUUAGUUGGGAAUUUGUAUAUUGUCUGUAUUGUAUUAUUUUUUUUGUUCUCCUUUCCCCCCACCACCUCUCCUACCCCAUACAUCCACACACCAGCUAAAUGGUUGCUUGUGGUAUGCACAUUUUGUUUACAUUAGUACUUAGAACAUAUGCAGUAUAUGUAGACUGUGUAUAUGUCAAAGCUCAGGCAAAAGUGAUCCGAACAGCUUUUGGUUCAUGCAGCUGUGAAGCCAGGACAGGUAGUACUUAGCAGGCAGUGUUGAAGGUGUAUAAUGACAUUCCUCUGAUGUGAGAUUAGAGCGUAAAAUGGGGCAGGCUUGUUCCCAUACAUGAUUUAUCUCCUCAGCUCAAAAGGAGCAAAGAAAAAGGAGAAGCAUUUCUAUACUGUAACAUAAGAGAGACCUAGUGAGCAGAAGACACGUAGCCAAGCUGCUACCAGGCACCAUUUCACCUUGAAAUUAAAAUUUAUUUUGCAUUUUAUUUUUCUAUGGAGGAUAGACACGCACAGACAUAAGCUGAGGUAGCUUGCAUUCUCUCCAGUGUUUUUGCAAAUAGAUUGAAAUAAAGCUAAAAUACAUUUUUUAAUAUUUCAGUUGUACAUGAGGUACUGUCAUUUUAUAUUUGAGCAUUUUAUAUCAAAUGUAUUUAUGGUUCUUGUGUAUAUUUAUAUUAUAAAAAUAUACUGCUAAAUAAAGAGAAAGAAUCGGAAAACAUCGAUUCAUCUAUUCAUUGCACAUUUGCCACUAGUCACAGUCCCCCCUCACAUAACAUUAGUUAUCGUAAGUCCUCCGUACGACUAAUCACACUGUCUGUAACUUGCACUCAAACUUGACAGACACUAAAACACUAGAUUUUUGUUUUUUCUGAUUUUUGUUUGUCUGUUCGACUUGUCUCUGCUUCAUUUUUGUUUUAUUUUCGUAUUUAUUUUUUGUUAUGGGGGCAAUGUGCGCUUUAAUUAAACCACACAGCUAUCUGGUUCAGGGUGGGGGCUGUAGAGUAGUUGGAAUCAUGACGCAGAAACGUCAUGAUAAUAAUAAUGAUAAUAAGAUUUGUAGGGUCCAUCUCACAUUGGCAUCAUGGGAAUUAGGAGUGUGGGGGAGGGGCAACAUAAGAGAUUGCAUUCAUUUUAUUGUUAAAAUGAUGUCAUUCCAGUCUCUUCUUGCUGACACUAAUAUCCUUUCUAUCUUUUUUUUUCUGUUUGUUUUGUUUUGUUUCUAACCACCUAGCCGCCACCGGCAACUAACACAUGACCUUCUGACCUCUGAACUCUUCACCCAAUGACGAGCCGCCCCAAGCCUGCCUGCUGAUCAGUUAACUGGUAAUUGCCUUUUGCUAGCCUCUCGGACGCAAGUGAGAGAGAGAGAGAGGCGCCUGCCCGUACAGUUACCCUAACACGUUCUGACAAAAAAAUAGAAACCAACGCAGAAUCUUCACAGAAACACAACGAAACUCAACAAAGUUGUGUAAUAUUCAUUUUUUCCCUCUGUUCAUUGAGUUCGAUUCCCAUUCUUUCUCUUUCUUUUUCUUCAUGAAUCACAUACCGGGUGGAUGUGUUUAAGUUUUCCUCAUAAAUCUGCACUGAAUUAUAUAGCAAUAAAGAACCCCACCCCAACCUGCCCACCCACCCACCCUCCUUUUUAAUGCUCUAAUUUGGUGACCUCACUUUUAUGAGUCAAAGUUCAAUAAGAUCCAUUUGACGCAAACCUCCUGGUUUCAGUAAAAUGACGCAAUCCCUCUAAAAUGCAAAAGCCCCCACCCCCAACCCCAACCCCACCCGCUUCCAACACCCACCUUUUUUUGGGAGAGAGAAAAAGAAAUAGAAGGAAAGAGAAGAUACACUCACAUUAACUUGUUUAAUUUCUGUCAUUUUUCACAUGUAGUGCAAUUGUUGAGCUCUAAGAUGUAAUUAUGAGCUGACACAUUCUGGGUGUGCACCUCCAAACAGCUUUCUGUCUGUUUUUUAAAAGCAUGGCUGAAAUGAUUGCAAAUGGAGCUUUUUAUGAUUUAUGUGUGUGUGUUUAUUUUUUUUUUUCUCCUGUCUUAUUUGUUUGCUUUUACUUUUGAGUCAUUUUCUCCACCUGAUUUUGGUUUUUCUGUUGUUCAUGUUUGACUAAUUAUCUUUGCUUAAAUUGACUAGCCAAAAUAUGGCAGGUGUUUAUCCCUUGAAAACAACACACAAAAAAACCACAACAACACAAUCCGAGGUUUGACGCAGGCUGCAGAAAAUAAGACCUGAUGAAGGGCAAGAUGGGAAGGUCAUUAUUUGGGAUGAGGGGUCUUUGUGUGUGUGUGUGCGUGUGUGUGCGCGUGUGUUUUUUUUAAUUAAUACUACAAUGAAAGUAGGGUGUGCUGAGGCUUCGGGGACAUUGGAGCAGUGCUUAUUAGCUACUGACCAUUGCUACGCCCCCAUCCACACUACAUCCAUUAUACAGUGCCUGAUGUAUUUAGAAAAAAAAUAUCUCAAUGAGUUAGCUGAGCUGUGAUUGAAAAGACAAAAAAAAAAGUAUUAAGUGUGCAUAUUUAGCCAAAGGGUUUUUCCAAUGAAUUAUAUAUCUGCAAUUAUGCAUCUGUCUCACAGAGGGCUCUUUGUGAUUUUAGAGUUUGGAAAGGUGUGAAUUUGUGGUGCCUGCCUUCAGCUGACACAGACUGCUGCGUUUCUCAGUUCAAAUCUGACACAGGGUUUUUUUUUUUUUUUAAUUUCACCCCCAAGUUUUUUACACACCCUUCCUAUAUGCUGUUUGAUGCAGAUAAAGUCCUUUCUGUUAAAUGUUUUAGCUGAAUUUUAAAAAGUGCAGUCUCUCCCCCAGUCUAAGAUUUCUGUCAUACGUGCACCUCUUUGGGUUGUCUUGGAUUUUUAUUUUUAAAAAGGCCAUUUUCAGGGUUCAGCAUCUUCAGAACACAGAACUUUGCAGAGGCACAGAGUUUUGUAGUGACACCGGCUAUCUGAUGAUUAAUUGAAAAAACAUCCUACCACUUUUUUUUCCUGUAUUUCCUCCUAACAAACAUUGUGUAUGAUGCAUCAGGUCAAGUUAAUUUAAUCAUAACAAAAUGUAUCUCAUGUUAGUUGUAACGUCUUUGAAUUUAGAUUUAAGCAGAAUAUGGGGCUCGUACUACUGACUACUACGAGUCAUGAUUUUUUGAGUGCCUUUUUUCACGUCUAAAUGAAUUUCCAAUAUGUGCCAAAACUGAACCAACUUCAUGGUUCUUGGAGAUAGGUUUGUAGUUUGGAAAAGUGAAAAAAAGCCUUUUUUGCAGAAGACAGCUUUCAGGGUGCAAGAAUGACAGAUUUUAGAAAUGGAGAAGGGGAUGAAUAAAGACUCAGCCAAACCAUUUUACAGAGCUGACUCUGUCUCAAAUAGCCUAUUUAUCAGGUUUGAACGAAUUCUCAGAUAAAAACAAAACCCUCCGUCUGAUUUGACUUGGGGUCAGUCAGGAGUUUUGACACAUUAAUGCUCUGUUUUCUGAGGUAAAUGCAGGCGGUUAACACUAAAUCUACAUGCUACUAGAGUACAGUCCAUGUUAGGGAAAAGGGCACUUUGAAGGUCUGUACAUAAAUGCUUUUGACAUUAUACCUGGCUUCUAUUUUGUGUUGUUUCAUCAGCCACAUUGCCAAAAGAGUGUUUAUGUUUUCAUUUUUGUUUUUGCAUCUCAACAUUUGGACUUUUUUCUUUUUUUCCCAGUUAGUUUUUUAUUCAACCCCAGUUGGUACAAAAGGUUGGCGCAGUGUGAGCCUUCCUGCAGUUAAACAUGUUUUAGUUUAUCGGUGAAACAUUCAUUUUUAACACAAAACAAACCAUCCAAAAGCGCAUCCAAAAUGUGUCACACCUCCCUGUGAUCGUAGACUAGAUCCUGAGCCCAUGAACCUUUGUUGAACUCUCUCAAGAAAAAAUAGGAUGUGAAAGCCAUGCCUGCCUGUUCAAAUUGCUUUAUACAUACGUAUUAUAUAUAUAUAUAUAAAUAUAUAUAUAUAAAUAUAUAAAAAUGUAGAUAUCUGUCAUUGCAUAUACAAAUACAGAAGAGAACAAAAAAUAGAUAAUUUUACAGGGUGCUGGAGAAGAGAAAAAAAUUAAGAAAUCUAUUUUUGGCAAUUUUAGCUUUUGAUACUUUACUUGCAGUUACAAAAUCAGAAAAAAGACAUAAAAAAAGUUUUAAACAGUAUAGGGGGAAACAAAAAGUGAGUGGGUGAGGAAAAAAAGUGCUGUUACCCUGGAUAUGAUUUGAAAAGGAAGACGAAGACCAAAACAGUCAUAACCCUGGAAAAGUUAGAGACAGCGAGACAGACGCCUGGAGAGUUUUUAAAAAAAAAAAAGGAUGAUCAAAUCAAAGUGCCUUAUCAACAGUGGUUUCUGUUUUCUGAGUAUUCCAGUUGUGUUUCAAUAAUAUCCAGCACCCACCGCGACGGCGCAGAGAGGAAUGGCUAGUGUUACACGCUCUGAAUAAUCGAGCAGGGUAGCUCCCACCUUUAUCGUGGCGUUACUCAAGUUAUUCUAUGCAAAAAGAAUAGCAGUCGUUUUGACCAGCUAAAAUAUGUGCCAUGGUUUUGUCUUCCUGAAAUGAUUUUGUUUUCUGUUCCUUGACUUGAUGGCCCUUUACUCUGCUGUAUGUGCAGGUUUUUGUUCUCUUUUUUUGUUGAGAUUUUAAUGAUCAUAUGAGAUAUUGUCUUGAUUUAUUUUUCUUUUUUUUUCUUUUUUGGUGAACUGUGACAAACUUCCUAGAACAAAUUGAACUGCCAAUUGCAAUGCAGCAGUCUGCCAGAUCAUGUUUGGAUCAUGAACAAAGACAAAAAAACAAAAAACAAAAGCCACAACGUUCAAGGGAAUGGAUAUAAAAAUGGGGGAUGAGUCCUCCCUGUUUGUUUCAACAGCUGCAAACUAAAGGCAUUCAGUCCAUGUCUGCUUAUUUGACAACAGACUACCAAUACAAUCAGGAGGUUUAUAAUGGACGGAUGAAACGCUGAUUAAUAAAACAAACAAGUCUUUUUACGGCCAAACAGUUUCCAGCUAUUGAAACAAGUGCCAGUUUAUUGCUGGAAGGAAAACUAAACUCGUAUUGUUAAAUUGAGGAAUUGGAUCCCAAUAUCACCCCUGGCAGUUUGUUUUUCUACUCAUAGCUCUUUCAUUGUGCUGUUACACCGAAAAGGUCAAUGAAUUUUUCUUCUCAGUGUUAUUAUUUUAAAAUUGAAAUGCAAUAUUAAAGCAGAUCAAGAGAUGGCUAUUCAGCAUUUGACAGUAUUAAGAAAAUUCCCUCUGCAAUGUUACAACUUGCUGUGUCAUUGUGAAAGGCUGGAUAAGUCCAUCAGGUGAAAGGUGAAAUCUAAACCUACCGUAUUCUCUCUGGCCUGCCUACUACAUGUAUGAUAAUGUAAUUAACAGCCAUUGUUACAGGUUUAUAAUGUAUUUUUCUAAUCUCAUUUUAUAUGUAUAUUAAUCAUGUUUCUGAGUGCUUUUCUUUCUUUUCUUUUUUUUUUUUUUUUUUAAAGAAACCCACUGCUACUUUUUUCUCCCCUCUCUUCCUCCCCUCCCUCUCUUUUACAUCUUGAAAACUGUCUCUUGUGGGGAGUGUUGCCUUUUUCCCUGUUAUAUUUUGUUUUGUUUUUUUCUUGCCAAUUCCCAGCUUGUUUAACUCAUUAGCGACUUUAUUAGUUUCCUUGUCAUAAGUAUUUUUACAUGCUUGCAUUUAGUUUUCAUGGUGUAUGCUGUUAUUUUCUUAUUAACCUCUUGGCAUUUAUUUUAAUAAAACAUUCUUAGUAAGAAUUUUACUAACUUUGCUGAUAUUUUGUCUUGUGUUUUUAACCAGUUUCAUGAAUGUAUUACCUUGGUCUGGUUCACGGACUAACACGAUUAAAAACUGGUGUCUGGCCAUCACUUACACUGACUGAUUCACACGCACACUACAGAAACACACACACCUCCAGUCACCUGCAGUCACACACAACUUAACUGGAAGCUGCACGAGUUGAUAAGCGCCCUCUCCCUCCCCUUCCCCUUCACUGCCGCUCACGCACUCUCACCUCUGUGCUGAAGAAACCUGCUCACACUCUUCAUACUCGCCCUUCCCUCUCGCUCAGUUCCCACACUGCCGCUGUGUCCUGUCGUCUCUGAGACGACCUUCGUUUUAGUCGUCCUGUCCUUCUGUGUCACUGACCCUGAGAGACAGCAGCAAGUGUCGCAGUGUCUGGUGGAUGGGAUGGGAGGGGAGGGCAGGGGUGGUCAUAUAAGCUGCACGUUACUUAAGGUCACUGGGUAUCCUCUGGGUGAGCUGUUCUCUCUACACUCUGGUUAAAAGAGUGUUUUUUUUCCUCUCUCUCUCUUUUUUCGUCGUACACAAUGGUUACUCUCAUAGAGUGGGAAGAAUAAUCCCUAAAGAUAAAAGUCCUCUUUCUCCUCAUUCGUGCAGGACUAGCGAUAAUCUGUGCAAAGACACUGCAUAUUAGUCAUCUCAAAAGGAUUAAUUUUACUGUGAAUCAUGUAAAGCAGGACAUUACAACUCGGGGGCUAAAUUCACAGAUGACAGUUGUGUGAUAGUCUAAAUCUGUCCCCAGUCUUUCAUUGUGUGUUUUUUUCCUCCACUGCGCCCGUGGCUUGUCAUGCCUGGAUAGCAGCAUUACAGUUAUCACCAGCUGUUGUCUGUUUGGUGAACACUUCUCCCCAUUUGGCUUAUUGAUAUAAGCACUAAUACUGGGCCAUUUGGGAGCGUCCAUAAUGCUUAGACACACACCAGUACACCGUGCCAAUAUGAAGUACUCUGGGAUCAAAACAACCCUUUCUAUUCCUUCCAGUGUAAAACGCUGAUAUGGCUUUCAGCUAGGCAGUAUUUAUAGUUUUUUUUUUUUUUUUUUUUUGGGGGGGGGGUUACGUUGUUUCUUUAUUUCUGCUGUGUCAGUUCUCUCGUCCCAGGUUUCCUCUCGCUUCUAUUCAGCUUUUUUUCCCUCCUCCUCCACUAAUUCAAGGUUUUGACACUGACACACAAGCAAAGAAAGAUUAACUUUAUUAAUCCUGAUUAUUACUUAUAACCCACUGAGUGAUAACCCAGUAUUUCCUCUCUCUAUCUCUCUCUCGCUCUUUACUUUUGAAAUCUGCACAACAAAAACAACUCGGCCUUAGCUGUCGCAAUUUCCCUUCAUGUCUCAGCAAGUGAAGAACAAGGAUUAAAAGUGUCUAACAUCAAACUUAACACUUCUCUUCCUCUCUGGAAUUAACAUCUUUGAUCUGAAAAAAAACGCGUGUUUUUCGCCUCCGACACCUGCUUGUACACCAACAAGACGAGGCAGAGAUUGGAUUACAAGCAGCAAACACUUAGUUUUUCCUCAUUUUUUUUUACGUAGAGCAUAAGCUUUUUUUUUAUCUUUUUUUUUUUCUUCUUUUUUUGGAUUGGCUCCUUUCAUGCCGUAAUGAGCAGCUCGAGCCAGUAGCCGUCCAUUAGCAGCCGAUUUAUUUUUCUGUUUGUCAGCGCGAGCAGAUGAAAAAGACAUUAAUCGUGAAAGUUAUUUUCCAGAGCACAACAAACACUGCCUAACAACAAUGCAUCUGGGAGUUAAAAAAGAAGUGCCUUUUCCCUUGAGAUUGGGAAAUAGUAUAUUUUUGUAUUUUAUCAUUCAAGUGCCAAUUUUCUGCCUCCCUUUAUCUUGCCGGAAAGCUUUUAUGUCAAGCACAAAACAAACUAAAUGCCCACGCUUUUUUUUGUACAUACUCAAAUAUAACUGGGAACGUUUGACUGGAAACUGGGAAUUUUUGGUCACAACUGUUCCCUCCAUUAAACUCGUUGGGUUUAAUGGCUCCUGUUUUGAAUCUGACUGACUGAGAACUCUGUUGUUCUGAUUGGACCACAGUAUGCUGUAAAGGUCUGCGUGCAUACUGCUGCCAUGUUCUCAGUGCCUUUACCAAACGCAGGGCAUUCAGUGUAUUUAUCUACUAACUUCCUUUUCACCUGUCAGUCGUUUCUUUUUUCUUCUGUUCUGUUUAACAAACAUUCCUCCAAUGAGUUAAACGGCAGGUUAACCAAUCAGUAUUGCUCUCAGCGAUGUAGCACUCAGGUGGUUAAAGGGCAAAUGCUACCAAAAGACAGAACGAGAACAUCUAAAGCCCCACUGGAAUUUUUCUUUAUUUUUGACUGUGAUAAUUAUGCAUUAAAAGUAUCAUAUCUAUAUAUUUUUUUUCUUCCUAAAAUCAUACUAGUAUGAUAUAAACUGUAAGUUCCUCAUCCAUAUAGUGGUGCACUAAAAUCUGUGAGAUUUCUCUUUUUUUUUUGUUGUGGAGUUGUAAGUUUUUAUGUGAAGUAGCCUUUAUUUUGUUUUGUGUUACUUUGUUUUUAUGGAGGGUUAGACUGAGAAUUUUUGAUUAGGGUGUAAAACAUGUAUUGCCAGUUUUUGUUGCUCACACCAAAAAAAAAAAAAAAAAAAAAGAAAGAAAAGAAAAAAAGGAAAACAAAUGUCAUGUGUGCAAUAAAGAACCAUAUUUACAAGCUUCCCUCUGACUGCUCUACCUGGACUCGUCCUUUUGCUUCUUUAUGGCUGACAUCAUUUCUGUGGAUUUGCUGUGACUGUGGGCCGUUAAAAGGUAGGUGUGCCGCACAUUUGCAGGAAAUAAAAACGUGAAAGUUCAACGCUGGCUAAAUAAAUCUCGCCUAAGCCUUCAAAGUGAGAUCAAGCCCUCGCUUGGAUUUAAGCGCGGUGCUAUCAAAAAUGUUGGAAAUGUCGGCCUUCUGAGAGGGUUACAGUGAAAGCUUUCUCUUCGGAGAUGGCAUUUUAUCUGUCUGAAUCUAUUUCGGGCUGGAGUCGUCUUGAACAGCCACAUAAAUGACCAGUUAUUCACUCCAGUCAAUCCCUCUGCAUUCCCAGCAUCUCUGCUAAACAGAUGAUAUUAAAAAUACCAUGGCAUUUGGUUAAAAGUUCACACUUGUGCUGCUGACAGAACACUGACACCAUUAAGAGACAGAUCUAUUUUAAUAGAGGCGAUGCACAGUUAUGUGUCAGAGCUGGACAGUGAACUCAGCGCAGAGGUCGAACACCCGCUAAAAUCUGCACGUCACACCCGAUGAGCUGUAGGUUUUACAUGCUCACUAAAACGGCGAGAUGACAUCUUCUACACAUUGACCAGUCUUCAGAUUAUUGAUCCAUCUUAGACCAGUGUGCUCUAGAUAAAUGACUAAAUAAAUUUGGGGCCAAAUCACAAAGAAUUUUAUGUCCUCCAUACAUAUAACUGGUGUUUACUCUAAGAGCAGCAGCGCAGGGGUGCUGGUUCUGCACGAGUCCCAGCCAUGACCCUUGUGCUGCAUUUCCCCACUCUCUACUCUCCUCUCUGCAGCUGCGUUCCUCCACACAGAUCUGUAUCAAAUCUGGAUCUUAGACAUGAACAUGUUAAUAGCAUCACUGAGCUCUAUAAUAAAACUCAACAUUUUUGUGGUCUUGGUCUGUCAUGAAACAUGAAAACAUACAAUCCAAUCCCAGGACAGAUUGUCACGUUUAUCACCUUCAUUAAAUUUUGAUGUUCAGUUCAUGAGAAGUAUUUUAGUUGACUUGAUUCUGGAGACACCUCUGGACAAAAUCAUGCAGAAUAAAGAAAUCACUGAUCUUAUAGCUGAUAACUUUAUAUCGCGGUGCUGACAGGCGUCAGCAUGACAGUGGUACUAUUUCAAAAUCACCUCCUGAAAAAGUGUAAGGAAAUAUCCCACUGAGCAAUAGACGGCUAUUAGAUGUCCAUUUGUUUUUUUGGCCCUAAUUUCAGCCGUCUAUGGCUUUAGACAGAAUUUAGACGUUGCACUUUAAUCCAUUAUUUGAUAACUAUUUAUUUCAAAAAGCAACUGUGAGUUGCAUAACUGAUCUCCAAGUUAUUAACCAAAAUAAUUAUGAUAGCAAAACCAAGUUCUCCUUCUAGGAGGGUAGGCAAAAUAAGCCAUGGGCUUCAGCCUACACCUUGGAGAAGAAUGUAUUUGUAUAUUUGUAAAGAACAAUCAAAUCCGAAAUCUAAAAAAAUAAACUCCAAAAUAAAUCUGAAUCUGAAUAGCUGUUGAGCAAUAUAUAGUGUAGUAUAGAUAUAGCCCAGAUUUAGAUUUAGGCUAAAUGUAGAUGUCUAAAAAACUUUCAUUUUUAGACCUGUGGUAGCCUGAUUUUAGACCAGUCAUCUCGACUACAUUCAGACGUCUAUUAGACCUCUCUUAGACCAAAAAAUGCUCAGUGGGAUUUAGUAAAUUCACAUGUUUUUAGGAUACUGAUGCAGCUAUUAUAAAACCACACAUACAGUAGUCAAGCAAAAAGAAAGGGUUAAAGAGUGCUGAUAUCAAAUGAGAACCUGAACACAUGAAAUGCUAAACCUAAUUCACGGAGACAAUCCGAACUGUUGCUGCUGCCACUUUAAUGCCAUCCGCAUUAUAUGCAGGAUAAAAACAGCUGCUUAAUCCCAUUAACAGAUGACUAAAGGUAUGUAUACUAAUGCCCAAAUCUGGUUUCUGCUCUGCAUUUGGAUUCUGCACUCCAGCCAAGUGGAAUCAAACUGAUUUAUCUAUGCAUACUCAGCUCAUGGCGAACACAUGCAGAAUAUAAAACUCAUCUGAAAGACUUCAUGGUGCAUCUUUUUUUUUUUUAUGUGUGCUGUCUGGAGGUUUUGAAUGCAUCCUCAUAUAAUUUGUGGAUGACUGUGAAUGGAUACAAACUGAAUCAAGAGAACUUUUAAACCUGCGAUGAAAGUCAUUUGAACCCCCGCUUUAGUGAGUAGUUUUCUCGUCUUCCUCAUCAAACUGAUGAGUCAGGGCCGCCGUUUAGUCCCAUUUACAUCAGUUAACAACUCCGGUGGGGUUCCUGAUGAUGCUGUGAGGUGAGCUGAGCCAGCUGUCGCCACAAAGUAAAGAAGAAGGGAUGUGCAGAUGCAUAUUUUCCCAGACCAAAAUUUCAUAAAUACACUGAAGAGAAGUUCUCACUAUGCCCCAAACCAGGAACUCUGCAUCCUAAACGACACGGACAAAUCUUCCUCUCUCUGUUCUCUCAUUUAGCUGGAGGCCAGAGCUGGAGCUGCCGCCGAAUGGGGUAGCAGGCAGUAACGGUUCAUGGCAGGGGGUGCUGCUGGAAGUGACUUUAAAGCCGCGCAGGAAGCGAUGAGAGAGCGCAGAAGUGGAAGGGAGGAGGUGCAGGGUGGUGCUGAUGGUGGCUUUGGCCCCCGGGAAGAUGCAUCAAAGGAGCAUUUGUCGCAGAGAGCAGCUGGGAGUCUAAUCAGAGAAGGAGAACUUGGUUUUGCAUGAGUGUGUGUGUGUGUGUUUGACAGAGGGGAGAGUGGAAGGGUUGCAUCAGUACUGACAGAUGAACCAGCUUCCUGUGGAAUGAAUGUAGGGCAUUCAUCAGAGUGCAGCUGUUUCUCUCUCUCUGUCUUGCUGUGUGUGUGUGUGUGUGUGUGUAUGCGUGUGCGUGUGUGUGUUGUUUCAGCGUGCACAGUUGUUGCAUGUUUCAGGCUUAGAUUGAUGAAUGAAACUCUGUAGUUCUUUGGGCACCUGUGCCGAGUGACACAGUCUAGCAGCUGGAUUUUGUGUGGAUAUGUGUGUGUGUUUGAAACAGAGAGACAGACAGCCCUGAGAGGAGCAGCAGUUUUAUUUAUUUUGUUUCCACAGAGGAGAAUUUCUCCUUCAGGAAUGAGUAACAGAGUCAUUCUGUGGCUCUUUGUGAAAUCCAUCACUCGGUAUUGUAAAGCACAGGUGAUUGCGUCCUCCAAAAAAUAUCUUUCUUUCCGAGUGAAGCUCUUAAGAACACCUCCUGCUUCUCUUUGUCAAGCUGCAAAUGUCAGGGUUGGUGGCAAACUUGAGUUUGUGACUUGUGUUUUUCUACAUAAUGUGUCUUAUCAGCUAGCAUGUGUGGCUGGACAGGUAGGCUGGAAUUUCCACAGUCUGUCAUGUUGUCAUGAGACGCAUUUGUCUCUAUAGGAAGCAAAGCUAUCCUCAGAUAAAUCACACCACUCCAGUUUGCAAAGAACAAUGAUUCCUCCCAGCCAGUCUAGCAGACUGUCCCAGUGUUUUUCUGCCGCUCUUCUGUUGAGUGAUCCAGACAGGUGUGAAUACUGCAGGCCUGCUGUGUCACCUAAUGCUGACAGAGACUUUCUAACAGGUGUGUGCGAUGUCCUCUGUCAGGUCUCUCUGUCUCUCUGCACCCACUUGCCAGCACAUUCCUCCACUUACAACAGCUGUGCAAAAACUAUAAAAGUUUAAGCACUGCAUGCUCCAGUCAGAUUGGGUUAAACUCAAAGCAGACGAAAGUUCGAGUUUUUGCACCGGGGGGAUAACGGGCUGUGCGAAAUACAUGGAAAGCAUCUCUAGGAGAAGUCAAAUUUUUAGUGCGGAGAGUAGGAAAAGUGUCAACACAGUGAUUCAACUGACACGAGGAGAAAUAAACUUUAGGGUCAAUUUGAGUGUGCAGGUUACAUGUCCUCGUCGUAAAACCUGUGAGGGAAUUUUGGAUGCUCAAGCGCAGUUUUUCCAAGAGUUUCAUUUCAAAUAAACACAAGGUACAAGAAACUCAUCCCAUGAGACUAUAAUCCCAACAUAAAGGGUUUACCCUCAAGUCACAAAACCUACCAUAUGGCCCCUAAGGCCAGGGGCAGCAGCUUCAGGAGGGAAGCCCAGACGGCCCUCACCCCAGCCACUUUUGCCAGCUCCUCUGGGGGGAUUCCGAGGCGCUCCCAGGCCGGGCGAGAGAUAUAAUCCCUCCACCUGGUCCUGGGCCGGCCACGAGGUCUCCUCCCAGUGGGACAUGUCCGGAAUACCUCUAACGGAAGGCGUCCAGAAGGCAUCCUAACCAGAUGCCCGAGCCACCUCAGCUGACUCCUCUCGACGUGGAGGAGCAGCGGUUCUACUCUGAGCUUCUUACCCUAUCUCUAAGGCUGAGCCCGGCCACCCUGCGAAGGAAACCCAUUUCGGCCACUUGUAUCCGCGAUCUUGUUCUUUCGGUCAUUACCCACAGUUCAUGACCAUAGGUGAGGGUCGGCAUGUGGAUCGACCGGUAAAUUGAGAGUCUCGCCCAGCAUCACUUCUGACGCGGCUCCGAUCUGCCUGUCGAUCUCCUGCUCCAUCCGACCCUCACUCGUGAACAAGAUCCCGAGAUACUUGAACUCCUCCAAUUGAGGCAGGACCUUUCUUCCGACCUGGAGAUGGCAAUCUACCUUUUUCCGACUGAGGACCAUGGCCUCGGACUUGGAGGAGCUGAUUCGCAUCCCAGCUGCUUCACACUAGGCCGCGAACCGCCCCAGCAAGAGCUGAGCUGAGCCUCUAAUGUCUCCAAACACACAAAAAAACACGGGGAUAGAUCAAUCAAUCAAUAAAUCAAACUUUAUUUUUAAAGCACUUUUCAUACAUAGAUUGUAGCACAAAGUAAAUAAAAUAGUAAAUAAAGAUAAAUAUUAAAGUAAUAAAUAAUAUAGUAGAUAAAAUAUACAGAAAUACAAAUACCAAACCCCACCCACCCUUCCAACCCCCAUUCAACACAUCUAGCACUCACAUGCUCACACAGAUACAUACACAAAAGACCAGGUGAGGACUCUUCAACUUGCCACAGAUGAUUGAGGAAACGCUUUAUCCAGGACUAAAGCGAUAAAACCAUGAUAAAAUAUAAUAUAGAUGAUAAAGCGUUAAAAGUUAAUUAAAAUAUAUAUAUAUAUUUUUGUUUGUUUGUUUGUGUUGUUUUUUUUCCUCCUGUUUUUGUUUUGUUUUGUUUUUUUGUUGUUUUUAUUUUUUGUUUUUUCUUUUUUUGUUGCUUUUCAGUUUGAGGACAACGGAUGAAAAUUAGCCUUAGCUAACUCGGCUGGUUUACAAUGAGAAUAGACUUCUUGUAUCAUGUCUUCUUCUCCUUGUCCAUGAACUGGUACUGUCCUGUCUAAAUAAAUGAAUUUAAAAAAAAAAAAAAAAAAGUCUUAAAAUUAAACAAUAACAGCAAGUGAAUUAAAGAAGAGGUAAUUAAACACAAAAGAGUUACUCUAGGACUAAAAUAGCAUAAAAUCACAUGCCAUGCUGUGAGGUGUCACAGUUGAUUCAUGCUAUCCACACAGCAACAAAGGGGAAAAAAAAGAAAAAAAGGAAAGAAAACAGGGAAGGAGGUAUGGAGAGAGAUGCCAUAAAGACAACAGAGAAAGGGGAGCCCGGCUAAGAAGCCUAAUUUGGGUUUUUACCUCAGUGCUACAAACCAAACUGCAGACACAGCAUGUUUGGAAGAGUCCAACUUGUCUGAUUAUUUAAAAAAAAAAAAAAAAGAAAAAUACUGGUUUGUUUUUUUUGAAAAAUUAUAACACUCUCUUCUCCCAUGUGGGUCUUCCAGAGCCCAUCAAAAAGUGAUAAACACCGUUAUUAAAGGUGUAUUGGGGGCUGAGAGACCUGCAUGUGGCUGCUGACCAGAUUAUGUGUGAAUCAAAAUGAGACGGUCACUUUCCCCGUCUUCCACUCCACAGUAUGUGACAGAUUUUGACUUUGCCAGUUACUCUUGCAGCUUGAACUGUUGCCAGGUGUAAUCCAGGCAUCUGUGAAUGAAGAAAGCCUCACAGUUUCAUCAGUGUCGGUGACAAUUCAUGCAAACUAUGUGACGAAAACCCAAUCGCCAGAGGUGCGCAAGCUGUUACAGCUGUUUCACACCAUCUCUGCUUUGACUGCGAGAGCUGAAAGGCCCUUUCUGAGGUCAAAAGGUCAGUGAUGGCGCCGGGCUAAAAAGAUUUGUCAGCAGUGGAUGAUUUGGAGGUCAUUAGUGACUUCUCACGACUUAAUGACCAAGUGGUGAGUGUGAUACUUGAUCUGCUGUACUUAUGCUGCAUUUGAGUUACCUCGGAAGUCAGAUAUCGAAGCUGAAAAUGACGUCACACCAGAGUAACCAGCGUUUCAGUUACCAAGUUGGAAAAAAGCAAAAUCAGAGGCGGAAACUCCGUUAUUUUAGUGCUUGCCUUGUCCGAAUAAAACAAGGAUAAGGCAAGCGCUAAAAUAACUUUCGUAGAUGUAGCCAUCUUGUUUCCACCUCCGAUUUUGCUUUUUUUCUGACUUGGUAACUGAAACACUAGUGAUUCUGGUGUGACGUCAUUUUCAGCUCCGACAUCUGACUUCCGAGUAAACUUGAACGCAGCAUUAGUCCGAGUUAAACAAAGUUAUAUAAUCAUAGUUAAAGUCACUUUUAUUAAACCAGUUCAAGCCAGUCCAGUACAUUCAUCACUGCCUAAGUCGUUUCCUUUUGAGCCUCCUUUCCCUCCAGAAACAGUUCCCUGCUGCUAAUUACCUUUUAAUCUAAGGCUGGACUUAUUUUUGAUGUUUUCCAGCUUUAUUUUGAGCCAAUUCAGCUUUUAUUUCCCUUUUGAUACACAACCGGCUUUCAAUUAACACACACAGCAGACAUCUUGACAGCUGUCGCUGCUUCAUAAAAGCACAGGUGGGGUUAAUAAGCUAAUGAUGACUGUUUCUUUGCCUCCCCUGUCAGACAGCCUUGCAAAUGGGUCCCACUCCCACUCCAAGUGGAUUGAACACAAGUGUCAAACUCAAGGUUUCAGAAGAAGCAGUUAGCAUAGCAGGCUAGCUAACAGGUAAGUCUCCUGUCUGUGUAGGCACAUUGAAGCUUUUCGUGUCUAUCGUUUCUGCUUUCUCUGAGCCUUUUGUUCACUUUCUCCUGUUGUUCAUGAUGUGAAAGUACACUUCAGCGCCGAUUGUAAACAACAGGAAAGGUGGUCACCCCGAAGCAGACUCAGACAAAUACACAAACUUCAAACUUUGAAUCUUUUCGUACAAAGACUGACGGCGCUUUGAAGAGAGUUUACCUUCCUCUGACCGGGCUUUCCUGCAGUUUGAACCCUGAACAUGGCAGCCGUGUAAACAUGACCUCAUCAAACUCCAAAGCUACAAAAACACAAACACAGUCAUAAAAGCAGCCACAAGAAAAACCUCUCUUUACUUUUUUUUGUGUUUAAUUCGUGUUGAAAGUAUUUGUGUAUAUGUGUGAAGUAUUCCUCUAGAUGAAGGGAUAACUGCUAACCUUAUUAAUCUGAGAAGCAGAGAUGUGUGUACUAAUGUGUGUACUAAUGUGUGUGUGUGUGUUUGUGUGUGUGUGUGUGUGUGUGUGUGCUUAAACAUAUAGGAUGUGCAGUUGUGCUUGUUCGUUUUCACUAUGAUUCUGUUUGUGUGUGUCUGCGUGUGUGUAUUCACCCUGGGAAAUGAAAACGCUGACCCAAUUUAAUACACCUGUGUCUCGCUGCACUCUGGCCCAGCACUCAAUCACACACACACACGUACACGUACACACACAAUCACACACACACACCUCGACCCUGACUCCAGUGGAGUACAGCUUUCCAACACCUCAUAAUCCCAGAGCGCUGCCUCGGCUGUGCAGAUAAAACUCGUCCGAUUCAAAUGUAGGAGGUGUUUUUCUACCAUUUCCUUUUUUCUUUCGCAAAAUCAGAAAAUAAUAAACCUCCAACAGGAAGAUGGAGUAACAACCUUUUCGUGAGACUUUUAUUAGUUACACUUUUCUUCUUGCACGUCGUUGAGUCAGCGUGCGAAUGCUUGAGCAUAUUUCUCAAGUAGAUUUACAACUUUAAUAGUUAUAAAAUAAAGCUGUUGAAGUCAGCUGUUGAGACAAACUAUGUCUGCAGGUGUACCUGUGCAGAGAGAGGAUGUUUAAUAUUUAAAAGAGUGUAUUAAUAAUGCAAAGAAAUAUACUGCACAAACAG